AUGUUAGGCGAACGCCGCAAUGGGAACCUGCUUGUUCAGCUGGGCCCGAAGCUGCAGGCCUACCCAGAGGAGUUGAUCCGGCAGCGGCGGACUCAUGAUGGCCAGACUGAGUACCUGAUCCGCUGGUGCCUGCUGGCUAUAGAUGACGGUAGUGGCUCAGAUGGAGAGAGCAAUGAGGCAGGAGGAGGAGGGGGCAGCAGUUCAGGGGUGGGCGGCUCAACCUCAGGCGAGAGCAAGACAGAGAACAUCCUGAUGUGGAUGUCAACGGAGGAUGUCUACGCCAACUGCCCCACGCUGCUGGGCAAGCGCAAGGCAGACGCCCAGCGGACCCUCCAGGAGGCGGAGGAGAGGCCCAGCGGAGAUUUCCCCGCUGAUGUCACCUUUGACGAGGUGGAGCUCUCUGACAUGAAGGACGAUGUCAAGAACUUGGUCAGGAGGGCCCGCAAGCAGAUGACCAAGAAGAGCAACUUUGCCAUCAGCAUCACACACACCAUCCAUGUGCUGAGUGCCUACGCCAGCAUCGGCUCACUGGUGGGCGUCUUUAAGGAGACAGGUGCCCUGGACCUGCUCAUGGAGCUGCUCUGCAACAAGGAGCGACAAACCCGCCGAAGUGCUGGGAAGAUGCUCCGGGCUCUGGCCUCUCAUGACGCAGGUAUGGUGGGGCUUUGAUAGUUUCAUUCUUAGACUGUCCCAGUGUCAGCCAUAUAGGAAACGACAGAGUAGAGAGACUGAGGCUGUGGUAAUACAUUCCGUACAUAUCGCCUUCAUUUCUAUAUAGACCUCUGAACUGACCAGACAGAAAAGACAGACUUACUGGGAGGCGGCUAGGCAGGGUUUCUGCCCUCUUGCUUUCACCUAGACUGGCCUUUACCAGUAGUACGUUUUCUUUAUCAGUUAUGAGCUGUGAAAAGUAAGGGAAAAUGUAUUGUGUAGGCUACUUAAUACGUGAGGACAUGACCACUGUCUGUUUUACAUCUGCACACAGUUCCUGCAGUCUGUUUAUGAAUUAGACUAUGGUCCCUAAUGUAAUGAUUUGGUGUGUUUUCGAUUACGCAGUUUGUUGAGUGUGGUUUAAUGGAUUAUUGUGCAUGUGCUGCAAUGUAAAACACGGACCCCUAUUAGGUAAUUAGGUCACUAGGUAUGUGUGAUAUUCUUCUGUAAACGUCAUUGACCUGAAUAAUGGUAUUUCUGCAUGACUCAUAGCUUUAUUUGCCAAAAAAGGGCUUGAAUUCUGGAUUUAGCCACUGUUUAAUCUUUCCUUUGGCUCAUAGCUUUAAUUUGCGUAGCAUUUUCUGUUGUCAUUGACUGACAAUACUUCCCAUUUUAAUUUUGAAAGUGAGAGUCUGUGGGCAAAGGUAAGCCUAACUAGCAGGUUGGCAUUUAUUGUCAUGAAUCUUGCCCUGGAGGCAGCUCUGCAAAGUCAUAAAAUCUGAUUUUAAACCUAAACGUAACCCUAUUGCCUAACCUUAAUUUAAGACCAAAAAGCUCAUUUCUGUGACAAAACUAUCGGUGGAGUUGAAAAUGCGAUGGAAACACUUAACUUUUUAUUCGGUACAUGAAAACUUAAGCGAAAAAGUACAUUUUGUGUGCACUACGUCAUCAUGCACUCACUGAUUUUUCAACAACAACAAAAAUCUGCAACAAGUCCAUUUGGAAACACCGCUGGUGGGAAAAUCUGCAGGUUUUAAAAUAUUUGUAUGAAAAUCUGUAAACAAUUGGAUGGAAACCUAGCUAGUGAUAAAUAUUAGCGGAAUUGGUAAUGCCUUGUACCAGGUCCCACAAAGCACUCCUUUCAAAUGUAUAAUUUUUUUUGCCUUCCAACUGACCCUUUUUUAGCAUAGGCCCACCCACUUGGGAGCCAGGCCCAGCCAAUCAGAAUUCGUUUUUUUACAUACAGAAAUACUCCUCAGUUUCAUUAGCUGUCUGGGUGGCUGGUCUCAGACGAUCCCGCAGGUGAAGAAGCCGGAUGUGGAGGUCCUGGGCUGGCGUGGACAUUCCUGCAGUCAGCAUGUCAAUUGCAUGCUCCCUCAACUUGAGACAUCUGUGGCAUUGUGUUGUGUGACAAAACUGCACAUUUUAGAGUGGCCUUUUAUUGUCCCUAGCACAAGGUGCACCUGUGUAAUGAUCAUGCUGUUUAAUCAGCAUCUUGAUAUGCCACACCUGUCAGGUGGAUGGAUUAUAUUGGCAAAGGAGACAUUCUCACUAACAGGGAUGUAAACAAAUGUGUGCCCAAAAUUUGAGAGAAAUACGAUCUUUGUGCAAAUGGAAAAUUUCUGGGAUCUUUAAUUUCAGCUGAUGAAACAUCGGACAAACACUUUUAAAUGUUGCAUUUAUAUUUUUGUUCAGUGCCUUCAGAAAGUAUUCAGACCCCUUGACCUUUUCCACAUUUUGUUACGUUACAGCCUUAUUCUAAAAUUGAUUAAAUUAUUCCCCCCCCCCUCAUCAAUCUACACACAAUACCCCAUAAUGACAAAGAAAAAAUAGGUUUUUAGAAAUUUUUGCAAAUUAAAAAAAAAAAAAAAAAAAUUACAUUUACAUAAGUAUUCAGACCCUUUACUAAGUACUUUGUUGAAGCACCUUUGGCAGCGAUUACAGCAUUGAGUCUUCUUGGGUAUGACGCUACAAGCUUGGCACACCUGUAUUUGGGGAGUUUCUUAAAUUCUUCUCUGAAGAUGUUCUCAAGCUCUGUCAGGUUGGAUGGGGAGCGUUGCUGCACAGCUUUUUUCAGGUCUCUCCAGAGAUGUUCGAUCGGGUUUAAGUCCGGGUUCUAGCUGGGCCACUCAAGGACAUUCGGAGACUUGUCCCGAAGCCACUCCUACAUUGUCUUGGCUGUAUGCUUAGGGUCAUUGUCCUGUUGGAAGGUGAACCUUCGUUCACCUUCGCCCCCAGUCUGUGGUCCUGAGUGCUCUGGAGAAGGUUAUCAAGGAUCUCUCGGUACUUUGCUCCGUUCAUCUUUGCCUCGAUCAUGACUAGUCUCCCAGUCCCUGCCGCUGAAAAACAUCCCCACAGCAUAAUGCUGCCACCACCAUGCUUCACCGUAGGGAUGGUGCCAGGUUUCCUCCAGGCGUGACACUUGGCAUUCAGGCCAAAGAGUUCAAUCUUGGUUUCAUCAGACCAGAGAAUCUUGUUUCUCAUUUUCUGAGAGUCUUUAGGUGCCUUUUGGCAAACUCGAAGCCGGCUGUCAGGCCUUUUACUGAGGAGUGGCUUCCGUCUGGACGCUACCAUAAAGGCAUGAUUGGUGGAGUGCUGCAGAGAUGGUUGUCCUUCUGGAAGAUUCUCCCAUCUCCACAGAGGAACUCUGGAGCUCUGUUAGAGUGACCAUCAGGUUCUUGGUCACCUCCCUGACCAAGGUCCUUCUCCCCCGAUCGCUCAGUUUGGCUGGACGGCCAGCUCUGGGAAGAGUCUUGGUGGUUCCAAACUUCAUUCAUUUUAGAAUGAUGGAGGCCACUGUGUUCUUGGGGACCUUCAAUGCUGCAUAAUUUUUUGGUACCCUUCCCCAGAUCUGUGCCUCGACACAAUCCUGUCUCGGAGCUCUAUGGACAAUUCCUUCCACCUCAUGGCUUUGUUUUUGCUCUGACAUGCACUGUCAACUGUGGGAUCUUAAAUAGACAGGUGUGUGCCUUUCCAAAUCAUGUCCAAAAGUUGUAGAAACAUCAAGGAUGAUCAAUGGAAACAGGAUGCACCUGAGCUCAAUUUCGAGUCUCAUAGCAAAGGGUCUGAAUACUUUCAGUGUUAUUUCGACCUCGUAGGGUUAUUUUGACUUAAAAAAAACAGGAAAUAACAUUUUUAACUGCACUGCCACUUUUAAGGUUUCUUAGCAACUUUCUGCUGGAGAGGAAAUGGAGAACAUUUUCAUGUUUAAGGGAAAUAUUUGUCUUUACGUGCUUUAUGAAAACCGUUGACCAUUCAUUGAAUUUCGUUGUUUUAUUAUUAUGGUAGGCUACUUGUUCUUUAUUAACCCACUCACAAUUCAUUUAAAAAUGAAGAUCUGAAUGUGUCUGCUCUGCUGUCUUGUAUAGAAUAAUAAUACAAAUAUAGUGUUGUAUUGCCUCUUGGUUUCUGUACUUUUUGAAUUCCCUCUCCUUGGGCCAUGAGGCUCACAAUCCUUGUGGAAUUUUAUUCGAUGCAACUCCCCUAUCAGGAAGGGCUGAGACCUUUGCCAUGGCGCUAAGGGCAGCUCUGCAUUCCUGUCAGUGUCUGUCACUGACUGAUGUUUGUUUUCAUAGCUAAGCCCUGUUGAAACGCUUGAGUGCACAGGACAUCUCUUGAACCCUGGCUGUGUUUACAAGUUUUCCGUAUUCUGAGAGGUGAAUGGGAGAUGAUGUGGUUGUAAAGGCCUUCGCUUUGUCACUAAGGUUGCGUUUUCACUAAUUGGUCUUUUGACCAAUCAGAUCGGCUCUGAAAAAGAUAUAAUAUGAAAAGAUCUGAUGUGAUUGGUUAAAAGACCAAUUAGUGGGAAAAAAGAAUUGGGCUGCCUGUAAAUGUAGUCAGACACUUCUGCACUUAAAAACACAUUUGUACAUGUUCACAUGGGCUCCUUGGUGCAAGUGCAAAUACAAAGCACAUCAUUUAAAGUACUAUUACCAUGCCAUGAUUUUAGAAACUGAAAUGUAUUGUUAAUCAGGUAGCUGAUUUAAGCUCUGGUAUAUCUCAACUCUCCUGGGACAGUGGUAACCACCUCAUUAGAUACUAGAUGACAAAUGGACAAAUUUGCUUAACGUUUAAACUGCCAUUAAAAAAAAAUUGGUUUUCUGUUAAAACUAUAAAAAAUUGUACAAUUCCUCGUCAAUUCAUAAUGCAGAAUAAUGGUCCUGUUACGUAUGUAUGACUGCUAGGGCCGGGCAAUGAAGUUCUAUCUACCGUAGUCAUAUACUCUUGAAAGUGCCUUUGGUACGGCAUGUUUUUUUGUCUGUAGGGGGAACUACGGCUUUUUAAAUGCCGACACGAAACCUCUGGAGAUUAGUUUAGAAGAACCACUUGAACGGGCAUUUUACUUGUUUGUAAGUCGCAACUGAACGGGCAUUUUGUAAAGGAAUGCUGCUUCUGAAGAGGGACCAACGUCCAUCACUAGGCGACCAGAACUGUCAAUCAAAUAAUAUUGUGCGGCCUAAUCGCAGCCUUCCUGCCUGUGCGCAGACCACUCUACUUUAAAGGUCGUUAAAUAAUAUUUAGUUGAAAGAAAACACAUCUUCUGCUAGGAAUUGACUCCUAAGAUUCAGUAUUUUUUAAAUGGAGGAGACUGAUUUUAGUUCUGUACUUCUGAGAAUACAAACACUAGUAUCUUUCAUAGUGAGUUGGCGAAGGACUGAGAGAGAGGGGAGGGGCACAGUAUAGGCAGGUCGGCCACCAGGCAGACAUUCAGAACCCUGCACUAGGCCUAUCUAUCGGCAAUCAAAAGCUGUAUCUAACAAUGGAAUGCUGUAUUUUGCAAUUUCUUGGCUUGCAAUGUCUCGCAACUUCAGUAAAGCAGGGCCUAUCAUCAAUGAAUAGGCUAGGAUAUUCUACAUGCAACAGACCAACGACUGAACACUCUCGCAUCAUUAGCUAGCCAGCUGCACUGUGAUUAUAAGUUGUGGGGGGGAAAAAAACUACAUUUUUGUAAAGAUCCCAAUUUCGUUUAAACAUUCACACCCCUAAUACUAGGUGUCAUAACAGACCAACCAGUGAAAGCUCAGAGAGGGGGAGAGAGCAAGAGAUUGUUAUUAUUUUAUGUGGACACACACAAUGGUGCUCCUGUCUUCCCCCAGGGAGCCGUGCCUACGUGCUCCUGUCCCUCAGCCAGCAGGAUGGUAUUGAGCAGCACAUGGACUUUGACAAUCGCUACACCCUACUGGAGCUGUUUGCAGAGACCACCUCCUCUGAGGAGCAUGGCAUCUCUUUCGAGGGAAUCCACCUCCCUCAGGUAGCUACCAAAUCACAUUCUAUGUCUCUGGACAGUACUUUUACUAACCAAUGGGUUCCUACAUGCACCCCUAGAUCAGGGCUCUCCAACCCUGUUCCUGGAGAGCUAACGUCCUGUAGGUUUUCAAUCCAACCCUAAUCUAGCGCACCUGAUUUUAAUAAUUAGCUGGUUGAUAAGCUGAAUCAGGUUAGUUACAACUGGGGUGGGAGCGAAAACCUACAGGAGGGUAGCUCUCCAGGAACUGGGUUGGAGAACCCUGUCCUAGAUCAAACCAGUGAAUUACCUAUCACUAAGAUGUAAUGUGACGUUUCCCCUGUGUGCUCCAGAUCCCAGGGAAGCUGCUGUUCUCCCUGGUGAAGCGCUACCUGUGUGUGACGUCCCUGAUGGACAAGCUCAACACGGCAGGGGUGGAGUCAAGCUCUGAGCGGCAAGACGCAGCAGGCUCCUCCGCAGGGGCAGGCCACCAGACAGAGAACCUGCGUGUCCAGCGAGAGUUUGAGUUCACCAUGGCUAUGGCUAACCUCAUCUCUGAGCUGGUGCGGGUCAUGGGCUGGGACCACAACCGGCAGCCGCCACAGUCCAGCAGCCUGGCCCAGGGCAGGGCCUGCGGGGAGAACGAGCCGCCCCGCCGCAUGGUGCGCUCCAUCUUCCAGCCCCGCUUCUCUGCCUCUGCCUUUCCUGUCGCUACCUCCUCUAGCAUGGCAACCGCCACACCACCCAAGAAGAAGACCUGCAACGGCUUCAAGACACGCACAGACUUUGCCAGCCGCUCUGCUUACGUGGAAUACGUGCAGGACAACCUGAAGAGCGGCAUGCUGGUCCGUAUGCUAGAAGACUAUGAGGAGGUCAGCGCUGGUGAUGAGGGGGACUUCCGCUACAGUAAUGACGGCUCGCCACCAGUGCAGGUACAAAACAUCACACCUUGUAUUAGCACACAGCUGGCUCCUGAGAUCUGAGUUAGGGUUGUGUGACGACAGAUUUAGUAAAAACUAAAUGCUUAUUUUUGUGCGCACAGGUGUACUGGAACUCCCUAUCUCGGACCUACUGGGUGCACUGGCACAUGGUUGAGAUCAUGGCCACUGGCACCAGUGGACAGGGUGAGAAAGACGCCCAGGAGAAGGCCUCCUCCCUGACUGAGACGAUCAAGCUCACGGCUGGUAAGAGGGGGUCACCUGCACCCACAGACUCGCACUCAUGUAAGUGAUUUUCAACAGUAACGUGGCUCCGAAGCAUCAAAGCCCAUGAACUUUGAGCGCUAAUGGACUUGCAGGUUAUUCUGUAAACUCAACAAAUUGCCCUAAUAUAUUGUUUUAUUAGAAACUGUCGUCUAAUAUCGUUGGUGUUGUCCUCCCUUGUAUUCAGUGAGUCAGACGUUCUUCUCCAAGCCUCCUGGUGGGCUGUACUCGUUGCCUUACCUGGCUGAGGGGCUGCAUGCUGAUGGAGCCACCCUGAGCCGGGCCGAGUGGUGGGAAGUGCUCUUCUUUAUCAAGAAGCUGGAACCAAAGCAACAGCAGGAGAUCAACAACAUCCUGCGUCAGAGCCUCGAUGAACAGGCAAGUGCCCAUCACUCAAUCCUCCUCUCUGGCUUCAAUUCCCUCACUCUCUAAUCUAAUCACUCUUCUUGCUCUUUUCAUGACUCAGCCCCAAUGGAAGUUGACCGUAUAGUUCAUGUUUUUGACUUGCUUCUCUCUGCUCUGUCAGAUGUCAGACUCAGACGAGGCCACUCUUAUCUGGCUGUCGGUGCCAGGCGAGGUGGCCCGGAAGCUGCUUCACUACCUGAAGCAGACCCUGCAGAACUCGUGUCUGUGGGACCUGCUCUGCUCCCAUGCCUUCUCUAAACACUACCUGCGGCGCGGUGGGGGAGGCCUGGAGGAUGACGAGCUGCUGCCUGAAGGCUCCCUGGGCUUCCUCUGGCCUGGGAGGAGGACAGACCACCUCUUCAUCUGCUGCCACCGCCUCCUCUGUCAUGUGCUCAUUUUCUAAGAAGCCGAAGAAGGAGAGUCCUACAGACUAUUGCUCUGACACAGAGUCUGAGUUGCCAAUGGAAGAUGAGUCUAAUUACUCAGAAGACCUGGAGGAGAAGAUGAAAGGUGUGGCAGUCAGUGUGUUUGAGCUUUGUUUGUUUUUGCAGUUGGCAAACUACCUCUAGCUGUAGCCAACACCUUUUUCCAGAGAAAGACCAGCAAAACCAUUUUCUUAUUAGUGAAAGUUGUAGCAAAAUGUUUUUCGAUGGGAAAAUGAAAACAAGCGUUUCUUAUUUGACAAAUUCAGGUAGAGCCCUCCUAAUUUCAGUCCAUUUGCUUCCGUUUGGUUCCUAGUGAAUACAUCCCAGGAUACAGGAUGAUGACGUAGCAUGAUUUACAUAAUGACAGCCAAUUUUGCUCUAACAUGCUUUGCCUUGUGUUUUCCCCACCAGUGUUCAACAACUCCAAGGUGCAGGGCAAGAAGACGGCCCUGGAGAAGCUUGGGGAGGUGGUGGACAUCAUGAAGAAGAGUGGCUCAGAUCCAGUCCAGCAGCUGGCUGGGAUCAAGUUUAUCAUCAAGGUCCUAGAGGACGAGGGGCCUCAGGAAAGGAGCACCCUCAGGACGGACGCUGUCCAGACCAUCCGGUAAGGCUGCUGCCUGCACACUUCCUCUCUUAUAGGGUCACAUUUCACCUCAAACAUUUGUGUCUUCCAAUAUGAUCUUUGACUUUUCUCUUUCCACCACCCCCAGGGAUAAAGUCCUGAAGCUUGUGGUCGAGAUGCUGAGUGGGCAGCCCAAGGAGAAUGUGGUCAGCGCCCUGCGUCUCACCCGCGCCCUCAUGGUCAAGUACGAGUGGAGGGUCUCCUUCGCCACGGAAGGGGGCGUCAAAGCCAUCCUCUCUUGUAUGCAGGAAUACCGCACUGUCCCACAGGUCCAGCAAAUCGCCCUGGCGGUGAGUUCUCAAUCACUUUGUUUUGAGUUGUUGUUUUUACUACCGUCUGUUAUGUAAUCUAGCUAGUUUUCUUAUACAGUUUUAGGGGACGACAAGUAAUGAGAACUAUACAGCUGUAAAGGAGUAGUUUUCUAUCAUGUUUCUAUCCACACUUGGAUAGAAACAUGAUUGGUUUCUCCCCUCUGCUCUAGACUCUGAUGGUCAUCACAGGCGCCAGUAAGUAUGACCUGGGCAGCAUGAGCAGCUGCUAUCUUCCUCUCUCCGAGUCUGUCACACCCAUGAUGCUUGGAGUCUUUGCCAGUAUUGGCUCUGUCACUCCCGAGGGCUCCAAGGGACUGCUGGCUGCCAUCCCCGCUGCCAUUGAACUGAUGCUUAACACACCUGGGUAUGUCUUUUGCACCCCAACUGGCUCUAAGGGAAUGUUAACAUGCCCAACUCCACUGUUUCCUAUGAUGAGACUGCUAUGUUACAGUAGAGGCUAAGGGAUAUCUGCUCGGUCUCUCCUACCAGGUGUAUGUUGUCGGUGAGGAAUGGUCUGUUGGUGAUCAUCAUGCUGAUCUCUAGUAGUAAGAGCCUGGCGGAGCAGCUGGUGGCCUGUGACGUCAGCACCGUGCUUAAGAAGUGCCUUGCGGCCUCUCGGCCAGAGAAAUGGCUGGCCAUCAUCGCCCUCAACCACAUCUCCGUGGACCACAAGUUGGAGAAAAAAGGUGCGAAUUCACUGCUCGUCUGAACACACUCCUCAAACAGUGCCGAGGUCAGGUUAUGUGUAGGCGUUCCUAGCUGGCUAGUUGCACAUUAGCUUUUUCUGCCACGCCUCUUGCAUUACUAUGAAAGUUCCUAAAAAACAAUAAAUAAUAAACAAAAUAUGACAUCCUGUUCUUGUGGCCUUAUGUCCCAAUGUGGACAACAGGGUUUUUUCUGGAUCAAAAUUGGGUUUAGGUGUUGGUUGUGGUGGGGGCGUGUUGGCCACAGUGAUUCAAUUUUGCUGUUAAAUCUAAUUUCCUGCAAUUCUACACCUUGCCAUGGGGCUGAGAGAAAAUGUGCAGUUUUAAAGCAAUUUCCUGCAAUCUUACACUUUUUGCCAUGGCUUAUGCUAUCUGAGUGACUCAAACAUUAUAACCAAAUCAAUGGGGGCCCCAUGCCAUGCCAAAAAUACUCCUGAAUGCAUAAUGUUUAGAAUAUUUGAUUCUCCCUGACUGUCUAGCUUUUAUUUUGGUGAUUGUUUUUUGGGGGGGAUUUUUAUUUAGGUGAUUGUUAGUUCUUAAAGAUCUUAUAAAAAAAUAUAUAGGUCCAUUUAUCUUUCUACAUAUUUUAGAUCUGGUUUUAGUUUAAAAUUACACUGAAAACGUUUUUCCAUCCUAAAUACUAUUUUCAAUUUUCUAAAGGUAUUUAUUUAUUUAUUUUUAUUUUGAACAUAAGUGGCCCAAAAAAACACUUAGGCGGGCCGCCCAAUACUUUUCUAUGCACUAAAAACCCUGGACAAAGAGGAUUAAGUAUGUUAUGUCCCGAGCCGACUAGGUGAAAAAUCUGUCUGUGCCCUUGAGCAAGGCACUUAACCCUAAUUGCUCCUGUAAGUCGCUCUGGAUAAGAGUGUCUGCUAAAUGACCAAUGUAUUAUUAUUUAUGUUCUGAAUAUGUCUCCUCAGAGUUGAUGGAGGAGUUGGACUUCAAGGACGCAGAGCUAAAGAUGCUGGUGGUGAGCCUGAAAGAGAUGACGGCCAACAAGGAGGUGAUCCUGACCCUGGAGAAGCUGCUGUGUGACGACACCUCCCAGCUAGAGGAGGAGCGUUACCAGGUGACCCGCAGCCGAGAGACCUACCAGGACCUGGUGCGCCUCAUGGACCAGCACCGAGCUGAUCGGGCCGCACAGCUCUCCAUCCUCAGGUGAGACGGGGGGAGAUGGGGGGGUGUUGUGCUGCCUAACUGCUAAUGUUGCACAGUAUACCGAAACCUCAAUACUUUUUCCAUACUAUAACAUGAAAAACGGUUCGGUACUAGAAUGUGUGUUACUUUCAGUACUUCUGUCAAAUGUGUCUCACGUCAUAUACGGAUUGAGAGGAUAGAGUCUGUCUAGUAAUUUGUCUGAAUCUUCUCAAGGGAGCAGUAGUAAGCUAGCCAGGCUGAUUGCGCAUGCAGCUGACACAGCGGGAGCCACUUUUGAGAAGCAAGCGAGAGAAGAGAGAAAAUGCAGACAGCAUGGCUUCUUCUAACGAAAACAUAAUACCUCCACGCCCGCAGCUUGUUGACGAAACUGGCUGCAGAAGCGAACUAUUCAAAUGCUUUGAUUACAGAGCAGAUGAUGAGAGCCAGCCCAACGAAACAACUAAGCAAAAUAUGUUACAAAGCAGUGCAGUGCAAGGGAGGUUUAUUUCCAAAACAAUGACAUGAAUAUAUUCAGCAUGACAUUCAUGUGAGCAUUAUAGUAUGAUCACACAACCCAAAAGUAUUGUGAAAUGUGCUCAUAGCUUGACAGCAAUAUAUUUAGACUACUUCAAGUUUGUUUGGGCCCACCCUGGGAAGUGAAAUGCAAUCUGGGAAUUAUGUAUGUAUGCUGUGUGAAAUCCAUUGUAUUUCUAUGGCGUGUAGACUAUUGAAAUAUAAAAGCUUCAGAAAUGAGCUUGUGUUUUGGAACUUAACUAUUCAUUUAAUACAUACAAUUAUUUAGCUAUAAUGAAUCAUAGGUCUAUGUAAUUUCACCCAAUAUUAUGGCCAUAGAUUAGCAAAUUAACCCUGAUAUUUAUCUAAUUACAUUUUUAAAACAGUUUAGAUUGAAUUGUAAAAUGUAUUUUGUCUGCUCUGAGUCUCCGAUAUGGUUUUGCAUAAGGAAAAUUGAAGGUAUUAUUCUGUUCUUUAAUAUGGUGUUUUAUUUUUUCAAAGAAAUUGAAUAUACGCUGAACAAAAUAUAAAUGCCACAUGCAUGUUUCAUGAGCUAAAAAAUAAAAUCCUAGAAAUGUUUAUGUACAGAAAGCUUAUUUCUCUCAAAUGUUGUGCAUACAUUUGUUUAUAUAGCUGUUAGUGAGCAUUUCUCCUUUGCCAAGAUAAUCUUUCCACCUGACAGGUGUGGCAUGUCAAGAAGCUGAUUAAACAAGCAUGAUCAAACAUAUUGCAAAUUGAGAAAUCAUGUGACUAAACUGAAUAAAAAGAAGAAUCAACACUAUGAAACAAGGAUAAAUGACAUAAAGAAUGAUAGUAAAAAGCUUUGGAGCACCUUAAAUGACAUUUUGGGAAAAAAGGCAAACUCAGCUCCAUCAUUUAUUUAAUCAGAAAACCAACUGAUAUUGCCAACUACUUUAAUAAUUUUUUCAUUGGCAAGAUUAGCAAAUUUAGGCAUUACAUGCCAGCAACCAUUGCUGACACUACACAUCCAAGUAUAUCUGACCAAAUUAUGAAAGACAUUGUAAUUUUGAAUUCCGUAAAUGAGUGUGGAAGAGGUGAAAAAAUGGUUGUCCAUUAACAAUGACAAGCCACCGGGGUCUGACAACUUGGAUGGAAAAUUGCAGAGGAUAAUAACGGACGAUAUUGCCACUCCUAUUUGCCAUAUUUUCAAUUUAAGCCUACUAGAAUGUGUGUGCCCCCAGGCUUGGAGGGAAGCAAAAGUCAUUCCGCUACUUAAGAAUAGUAAAGUCCCCUUUACUGGUUCAAAUAGCCGACCAAUUAGCCUGUUACGAAACCUUAGUAAACUAUUGGAAAAUACAAUGCUAUUUUACUGUAAACAAAUUGACAACAAACUUUCAGCAUGCUUAUAGAGAAGGACAUUCAACAAGCACAGCACUUACACAAAUGACUGAUUGGCUGAGAGAAAUUGAUGAUAAAAAGAUUGUGGGGGCUGUUUUGUUAGACUUCAGUGCGGCUUUUGACAUUAUCGAUCAUAGUCUGCUGCUGAAAAAACGUAUGUGUUAUGGCUUUACACCCCCUGCUAUAAUGUGGAUAAAGAGUUACUUGUCUAACAAAACACAGAGGGUGUUCUUUAAUGGAAGCCUCUCCAACAUAAUCCAGGUAGAAUCAGGAAUUCCCCAGGGCAGCUGUCUAGGCCCCUUGCUUUUUUCCAGCUUUACUAACGACAUGCCACUGGCUUUGAGUAAAGACAGUGUGUCUAUGUAUGCAUAUGACUCAACACUAUACACGUCCGCUACUACAGCAACUGAAAUAACUGCAACACUUAACAAAGAGUAAUAAAGCCCCUUUGUGGGGAAAAACUCAUUCUGAUUGGCUGGGCCUGGCUCCCCAGUGGGUGGGCCUGGCUCCCCAGUGGGUGGGCCUAUGCCCACCCUUGGCUGCGCCCCUGCACAGUCAUGUAAAAUCCAUAGAUUAGGGCUUAUUUAUUUCAAUUGACUGAUUUCUUUAUGUACUGUAACUCAGUAAAAUCUUUGAAAUUGUUGCAUUUAUAUUUUUGUUCAGUAUAGAAGAUAUUUAUUUUACAGUUUAACAGUUAUCAACAUAUUAUUCAAUGUUUAAAAAAAUAAAGCCCAGUGGUUAUUCUGUGACUAGCUAAUAUGCAGUUUUUUUUUGUUGCCGUAGUAUCAUUUUGUUAUCGAGUAUCGUUUUGGUAUCGAGUAUCAUGAUACUUAACCCGGUAUUGGUAUUAAAGUCAAAAAUCUGGUAUCGUGACAACACACUACUAACUACAGCAGGGCUGCCCAACCCUCUUCCUGGAGAUCUACUGUCCUGUAGGUUUUCAGUACAACUCUAAUUUAGCAUAUCUGAUUCAGCUAGUUAAGGUCUUGUUGAGCAGCUAAUUAGUAGAAUCAGGUGUGUUAAAUUAGGGUGGACUGAAAACCCACAGGACGGUAGAUCUCCAGGAAGAGGGUUGGGCAGCCCUGAACUACAGGGUUUACUUGUUGGAAUGUCAUGUCAGUGCCUAGAUUUUGUCAUCAAUGUACUGUGUAAUGAACCUCAAAGGGCAGUACGUUAUGUAUGUAUGCAAUGCAUGUAUUGGGUCAGUUGGUUACAGUUGUGACUGUUUUUAUAUUCUCUCCUGUAGAAUAUUGAACAAGUUCUUGGACAAUUACCAGGAGGAUCUGCUUCCAUGGCAUGAGAGCAUAGAACCAUGCUUGUCUUCUAUGACCGCAUUCAUCAAUGACCAUGAGGUAGGAAAGAUCCUCCCACAGGUGGCUGAUGGCACCUUAAUUGGGGAGGACUGGCUCAUAGUAAUGGCUCGAAUGGAAUAAAAUCAAACACAUGGUUUCGAUGUGUUUGAUACCACUCCAUUCCAGCCAUUAUUAUGAUCUGUCCUCACCAGCCUCCUGUGGAUCCUCCAUGAUUAUAAACGCAUAGCUAUAAUCCUGUUUCUAUUUUAGCUACUUAUUCAAUUAAUGGUCAUGUAAUUGACACAAGGUUGUUUUUUUCUAGGUUGUCCAGCUGCUCAUCCGCUUCCUGUAUCGCCUGGCCUCUCUGAACAAAGACUAUGCCGUGGUGAUGUGUCGUCUGGGCACAAAGGACGCCCUGGUCAAGGCGCUGGACAAGCACAGUAUCAACCUGCUUAUGGUCACAGAGCUGCGGGACUUAAUCACAGACUGUGAGAAGUACGCCAGUCUCUACAAGAAAAUGACCACCAGCGUUCUGGCUGGUUGCAUACAGGUUUAGUACAAGUGCUACUAUCUAAAUAUUCAGUCAGUUAUAUUGUUAUAUUUUCUCUCCACAUUUUUUAUUCACAGCGAAACCUAUUGUUGUUCUUCGAUUUUUAAAAACAGUUUUUUUUUACCUUGACAUGGUCAAAUAAUUCAAGCAUAGAUUGGUAAAUUUCGAGUAACUUGGUCAAAAAGAAAUGCAUCGAUUGGCUAUAGGACCCGUAAUGUCCAUCAGGAUAGAUUUCCCUCCAUCUUGGACAUUUGGAAGACGUGCUAACAUGCUAAAAUAUACGUUCUCAUGAACCAUAUAAUACACUAUUUAUAAAUGUAGGCCCAUGGUAUAUGUUUAAACUUAGUUUGAGAAAAGCUAAUGAUUUGGUCAAUCUGAUUUUACUUGUCCAUUUAAACCACUGUAAAUCCACUCCAUAGUGGCCUAUCAACUUAAAACUUAGCAUCGCUAUCAUGGACAUUUUUAAGAUGAACCACACUGAAUUUGGAAGGAAACUAUUAACUAAUUCUUUGCAUAUAUAACGCUAAAUCGCACAAUAAUCUGCAAACAUCUUCAUGAAACAUAUGUCAGAUUCACUCCAGAUGUUGUAUUUAGACUCAUGAUUGCACAUAAAGGAAGACAGUUCCUACAUAAUGGGGCGGCAGGAAUCUUAGUGGGUAAGAGCGUUGUGCCAGUAACCGAAAGGUCGCUGGUUCUAAUCCCUGAGCUGACUAGGUGAAAAAUCUGUCGAUGUGCCCUUAAGCAAGGCACUUAACCCUAAUUGCUCCUGUAAGUCGCUCUGUAUAAGAGUGUCUGCUAAAUGACUAAAAUGUAAAUGUAUAAUAGUGCUUGCUUUGUAAUCCAAUUGAUCUUGUGUCUUUUGUCAUCCUGUGAACCCUGUUCAUUGCUGCUCGCAGCUAUAUUUUUUACUUGUGGUUCUUAGAAAUGUUACUUCAAUAGGGGAUGUCACAUUUGGCUUGCAAGUGUCAUGCCACUCUGUCUGUUGCUAAUAGCUCAUUUGUAAUCCAUGCUGUCCUUUCUAACCAAAUAUAGAUGGUUUUGGGCCAAAUAGAGGAGCAUCGGCGAAGCCACCAACCAAUCAACAUCCCCUUCUUUGACGUCUUUCUGCACAAUCUGUGCCAAGGUAUAUUUACUUUUAGCUGACUCAAAGCACAACUAAAUACCAGCCACGCAAAGAAAUGGUGACAAAAUCAGGGCUCCAAACUAACAUUUCCUCUGGUGGCACUGGUGCCACUAACUUUUUCAGUUGGUGGCACCAGCCCAUGAUUUGAUCGCACCCCAAAAAAAGUAUAAUUGUAGAGCCACAAAAAAAGGUAGGAGUAAUUAUCUUUUAAAGUAAUUAUAUAGUAAUUCACAAUGCUUUAUUAAGAAGUGUAAUAGACUACUGAGAAUAAAUAACUUAAUCAAAUCAAAAUAAAAUAAAAUUUUAUUGGUCGCUUACACAUCUUUUGCAGAUGUUAUUGCAGGUGCAGCGAAAUGCUUAUGUUUCUAGCUCCAACAGUGCACUGAUACAGAAAAAUACAAAACAAUACACACAAAUCAAAAAAAAUCUAAGAACGAAAUUAAGAAAUAUCAGAACGAGCAAUGUCAGAGUCCAGAAUAUAAAUAUACAAUGCCUUCAGAAAGUAUUCACACCCCUUUACUUUUUUUUCCACAUUUUGUUGUGUUUACAGCCUGUAUUUUAAAAUGUAUUCACAUUUUGAUGUUGUGCCACUGGCCUACACACAAUACCGCAUAAUGUCAAAGUGGAAUGAUGUUUUGGGGAAUUUUUACAAAAUAAUUAAAAAAUAAAAAGCAGAAAUGUCUUGAGUCAAAUAUUCAACCCCUUUGUUAUGGCAAGCCUAAAUAAGUUCAGGAGUAACAAUUUGCAUGGACUAGUGUUUAACAUGAUUUUUGAAUGACCACCUCAUCUCUGUACCCCACACAUCAAAUUAUCUGUAAGUUCCCUCAGUCGAGCAGUGAAUUUCAAACACGGAUUCAACCACAAAGACCAGGGAGGUUUUCCAAUGCCUCGCAAAGAAGGGCACCUAUUGGAAGAUGGGUAAAAAAUAAAAAAGCAGACAUUGAAAUCCCUUUGAGCAUGGUGAAGUUAUUAAUUACACUUUGAAUGGUGUAUUAAUACACCCAGUCACUACAAAGAUACAGGCGUCCUUCCUAACUCGGUUGCCGGAGAGGAAGGAAACCGCUCAGGGAUAUCUCCAUGAGGCCAAUGGUGACUUUAAAACCAUUACAGAGUUUAAUGGAUGUGAUGGGAGAAAACUGAGGAUGGAUCAACAUUGUAGUUACUCCACAAUACUACAUGUAACCUAAAUGACAGAGGGAAAAGAUGGAAGCCUGUACUGAAUAUAAAUAUUACAAAACAUGCAUCCUGUUUGCAACAACGCACUAAUGUAAAACUGUAAAAAAUGUGGCAAAGAAAUUAACUAUGUCCUGAAUACAAAGCGUUAUGUUUUGGGCAAAUCCAACACAACAGAUCACUGAGUACAACUCUUCAUAUUUUCAAGCAUGUUGGUAGCUGCAUCAUGUUAUGGGUAUGCUUGCCAUCGGCAAGGACUAGGGAGUUUUUUUAGGAUAAAAAGAAACGUAAUAGAGCUAAGCACAGGCAAAAUCCUAGAGGAAAACCUGGUUCAGUCUGCUUUCCAACAGACAAAUUCACCUUUCAGCAGGACAAUAUCCUAAAACACAAGGCCAAAUAUACACUGGAGUUGCUUACCAAGAUGACAUUGAAGGUUCCUGAGUGGCUAUUUAAAUUUUUGACUUAAAUCGGCUUGAAAAUCUAUGGCAAAAAAAUGUCUGUCUAGCAAUGAUCAACCAACUUGACAGAGCUUGAAUACUUUUUUAAAGAAUAAUGUGCAAAUAUUGUACAAUCCAGGUGUGCAAAGCUCUUAGACGUACCCAGAAAGACUCUGUAAUCACAGCCAACAGUGAUUAUAACAUGUAUUGACUCAGAGGGUUGAAUACUUGUGUAAUCAAGAUGUACUGUAUGAGUGUUUUUAUUUUUCAUUACAAAUAUUAGAAUUUUUCUUCCAGGGUAUUGUGUGUAGAUCUUUGACAAAAAAUGAGAAUUAGAUCAAUUUAAUCCCGCUUUGUAACACAACAAAGUGGAAAAAGUCAAGGGGUGUGAAUACUUUAUGGUGUGUAUGGACAGUAUAUGAAUAGAAGAUAUGUGUACAGCAGUAGUUGUAUAGGAUGAGCCUUGACUAUAAUACAGUAUAUACAUAUGAAGUGGGUAAAACAGUAUGUGACGAUUAUUAAAGAUACCAGUGUUCAAUUUAUUAUUUACAUAGGGCAGCAGUCUCUAAGGUGCAGGGUACAUUACCGGGUGGUAGCCGGCUAGUAACAAUGACCAAGUUCAUGGCAGGGUACUGGGCGGAAGGCCGGCUAGCGGUGACUAUAUAACAGUCUAACGGCCUGGAGAUGGAAGUCAUAGGUUGACAAUAUGGCAAUUUUGUUAUUUUACUUUCAAAAUAGAGCUCCAGAAUAGAGAUAGUUUUUGUUCAAUAGAGAUGAAUUUGCCUCCAUCUUUAGGCUAAUAUCCUAAAUUCAGCUACAGUUGACCGUUACACAAGAGGUCAUCGAAUGGUUUGUUGAGGUCGGUGUGAAGAAGCACACCUGACCCAACUCAUUGAACACUUUGGGAUGAAUUGGACGCUUGCGGCCAGGCCUAAGCCCAACAUCAGUGCCGACAUCACUAAGCUUUGGGUGAUGGAAGCUCCCCAGCAUGUCAUUAGUAGCUUCCAAAAGUGGAGCGUUAUAAAGCAAAGGGGGACCAAUCCUAUAUGCCAUAUUUUGAAAGUGUUCAACAAAUGUCGACUCUUUGGCAGGUAUGAACUACAGCAACUGAAGAAACAUAAUCAGAAAUACACUACUGACAGUUAAUCUAACAAUUGAGUCCUAAAAAAAACUUUGAUGAGGCUAUGCACCUCAAGGCUGAGCGCUACUAAGAAGCUGAGACCCUCCUCUCUUUUAUUAUGGACAACUAGUUGGUUCCAAAUAGGACUGCACGAUAUGGGCCAAAAAUCUAAUUGUGAUUUUUCAACCAAAUAUUGCAAUUGCAGUUUGACUUGCGAUAUAGACAUAAACACUUUGGUGAACUGUUGGAAUCAAAAAAUAUAAUUAUUUUUCUAGUUCUAUGGUUGGUAUUUGGCAUGACAACAAAUGGAAAAAAAAACAGGUAGGAGUUAUGGCAGGGUAGGAACCAAAGUGUUGGUCAGUGUUUCCCAGGGGGCCCUAAUUACAUUUGAAUAGAUGUUACAUUUGAAUAGAUGUUACAUUUAGACAAAGAUUUUAGAAUAGGCUCUCUGAUUCAGAACAUACCGUUGCGACUAAAUGGUUGCAGUCUGGAGCCCUGCAAAAUGUAUCAAUAUGUAAUUCCUUUUGUAUUCAGUUUUCAUAAAAUCAAGAAAUAAAUGACUAGUACUGGUAGAUGAAUUACUUUACCCAAUCAUCCCUUAAGUUUUUAUUAAGCUUCUGGAAGUUAAAGUCCAACUUGUCUUAAACUGUCAUGUUCACCUUUGUCAUACUUUGUCUACUGUAUGUGACCGUUAACAACAGGAUCUAGUGUGGAACUCAAGGAGGACAAGUGCUGGGAGAAAGUGGAGGUUUCCUCUAAUCACCAUCGCGCCAACAAGCUCACUGACAAGAACCCUAAAACCUACUGGGAGUCCAAUGGCUGCACAGGUUCCCAUUUUAUCAACAUCUACAUGCACAAGGGGGUGGUGAUUAGGUAUGUCCACACAUCACUUUGGUCAUACUAAGGGUUUAGAAUGUUGGAAUGUUUACUCGUGAUAUGUAUGCACAAUAUGUAAAGAAUUGAAAAUGAAGCACAGCUGUGUUGCUCACUGUUACCUUGCCUGUAUACUGAAACGUUUCUGUUAUUGCCUUGUUCUUGCAUCUGUGGAUUUUUAUGCUAGACUGCAUGCUUUAUCUUAAACAACUGCUGUGCUUACUUCAAUGGCAUUCAUAUUUGUACUAUUUCUUACUGUAACUAUUGGGCACUUACUGUAAGCACAUUUUCUCCUGUUCUUGUUAAACCCAGGCAAUUGGCUGUGCUUGUAGCCGGUGAAGACUCCAGCUAUAUGCCUGCUCGCAUGGUGGUACUUGGAGGAGACGACCCCACAAACAUCAACACAGAGCUGAACACAGUAAGUAGCUGUAUAGGCAGGCAGGAGUAAGAAACUCUUGGAAGUAGGAUAUAUGUAUGAUCUUGUCUUUUUAAGGUUUAAGCCCCUCACCCGCCCAACUCUUUGUGUUUACAGGUCAAUGUGCCGCCGUCAGCCAAUCGCAUAGUGUUGCUGGAGAAUAUGAACCGCUUCUGGUCCAUUGUGCAGAUCAGGAUCAAGAGGUGUCAGCAGGUGGAUUGUCACAUCAUGAAAAUUGGAAUUUCAAUUGCGUUUUACUUCCUGAAUUGACUGAAUUGAAAUGGUAUUGAUCUCAACCCUGGAUUAACAGUACUUUCUCUUCACACCAGGGUGGCAUCGACGCGAGGGUCCACGGCUUUGAGGUGUUGGGGCCCAAGCCCACCUUCUGGCCCGUGUUCAAGGAGCAGCUCUGCUGUCGCACCUACCUCUUCUACAGCACCAAGGCCCACACCUGGUGCCAGGAGAUCCUGGAGGACAAGGCCCAGCUGCUGCAGCUCUUCAACAAGUAAGCCUGUCUCUACUAUACACACUACUGCUAACUACACUCACCCCCAGACUGUUCUAAACUGGCCUGGUGUGUGUCUCUGCAGACUGAACAGCGCACUGCGACAUGAGCAGAUGUUUGCUGACCGCUUCCUGCCCGAUGCCGAGGCAGCGGAGGCUCUGGGACGCACCUGCUGGGAGGCCCUCAUCACCCCCAUCGUACAGACCAUCACCAUCUCGGGUAACUACCUGAAUGUCUGGGUGUUUCUCAAUAUGCAUACUACAGUGCGCCACACUCAUGCUCCGAGUUUAUUCUCUGAGUAAGUUCUUGUGAGACCGAGAGUGUAGAGAAUGCAUAACACAUUACAUUUGAGAAGCACUCGCUCUCCCCCUACUGAAUUACCUCACGCUGCACCUUCCCAUUCACUGAACCUUCUUCCAGCCAGGACAAUAGCAACAAUAGAGACUAAACAAGAUAUACACAAAGCAAACGUUUUACUUCAUAAUUAUCAGCUAGCUAUAUGGAAAUCGUAAUAAUCUAGCUAGCCAGUCGACCAUACAUUUUCAUCAACUAAGAUGAUUCUCUGUCUCCUCCACUCCCAACAGAGACCGAAGUCCUCAGUCCCCUCUCCUGGCUACUCGCUGAGUACCUGGACAACGCAGAGUCAGCCAGGCGCUGCAAGAGCCGGGCCGCCAUCUUCAACUCCCGCGUCCGUCGCCUCACACACCUACUGGUCCAUGUGGAUACCAGCCGAGUGGACACAGAGGAGCUCAAGCCGCCCAUCAAAUGCAGUGAGUAAUCCUGUAACCCUAUACCCUACCACCUCUUUACUUCUGAUAAACACUCAAGUCUUUUCUCUGUCCAGCUGUGACUGAUAUUUCAUCAGUCGUAGUGGGACAAAAUGUGGUCUUCUCAAUCUUUUUCAAUAGUGAAUUGGCAAUUAUUGCCCAUAAAAUUGGGUGCGGAAAUGCUACAGGAAUUGGCAAUCAAAAUGAGCUGCGAAUAAAUCUCAGUAGACUAAAGACUAGAUUUUGCAUGGUAGUAUAAUAUUUGGAAAUGCGAACGUAUUGAUACUUUAUUCAUAAUGUUUGUUAGACGCAACCCAUCACGUCUUCCGUAUUUCUUUUGUUUUCAGAAGGUAUCAACCGAAGCAAAGUUUUAAAGAGUAAGUAACAGCUUAGAGGCUAAUGUACUGCAUUUAGUUUUUAAGUUAUUCUUCCAGCAUCUCCAUUUUUAUAUUACCAAUGACUGAGUCAUUCCGCUUUCCCCACCACACGCAACCCUCCAGUUUGAAUUGAAAAUGAUCAGGACGAUGUGUUACUCAUUUGUUUCUUUCAGUUGUUUUUGGCUGUAGUUUCAUACACUACAUGACCAAAAGUAUGUCGACACCUGCUUGUUGAACAUCUAAUUCAAAAAUCAUGGGCAUUAAUAUGGAGUUGGUCCCCCCUUUGCUGCUAUAACAGCCUCCACUCUUCUGGGAAGGCUUUCCACUAGAUGUUGGAACAUUGCUGCGGGGACUUGCUUCCAUUCAACCACAAAAGCAUUAGUGAGGUCGGCACUGAUGUUGGGCAAUUAGGCCUGGCUCGCAGACGGCGUUCCAAUUCAUCCCAAAGGUGUUCAAUGGAGUUGAGGUCAGGGCUCUGUGCUUCUUUCACACCGACCUCAACAAACCAUUUCUGUAUGGACCUCGCUUUGUGUACGGGGUCACUGUCAUGCUGAAACAGGAAAGGGCCUUCCCCAAACUGUUUCCACAAAGUUGGAAGCACAGAACUGUCUAGAGUAUCAUUGUAUGCUGUAUCUUUAAGAUUUCUCUUCACUGGAAACUAAGUGGCCUAGCCCGAACCAUGGAAAAACAGCCCCAGACCAUUAUUCCUCCUCCACCAAACUUUACAGUUGGCCCUAUGCAAUGGGGCAGGUAGUGUGCUCCUGGCAUCUGCCAAACCCAGAUUUGUCCGUCGGACUGCCAGACGGCAAAGCUUGAUUAAUCACUUCAGAGAACACGUUUCCAUUGCUCCAGAGUCCAAUGGCAGCGAGCUUUACACCACUCCAGCAGACGCUUGGCAUUACGCAUGGUGAGCUUAGGCUUGUGUGCAGCUGCUCGGCCAUGGAAACCCAUUUCAUUAAGCUCCUGACUAACAGUUAUUGUGCUGACGUUGCUUCCAGAGGCAGUUUGGAACUCUGUAGUGAGUGUUGCAUCCGAGGACAGACCUUUUUUUUUUUUUUUUUUUUUCCCUUUUUCUCCCCAAUUUUCGAUCUUGUCUCAUCGCUGCAACUCCCCAACGGGCUCGGUAGAGGCGAAGUUGGAGUCAUGCGUCCUCCGGAACAUGACCUGCCUAACCUCGCUCCUUAAUACCCGCCAGCUUAACCCGGAAGCCAGCCGCACCAAUGUGUCGGAGGAAACACCGUUCAACUGGCGACCGGGGUCAGCCUGCAGGCACCUGGCCCGCCACAACGAGUCGCUAGAGCGCGAUGAGCCAAGUAAAGCCCCACCGGCCAAACCCUCCCCUAACCCUGACGACACUGUGCCAAUUGUGCGCUGUCCUAUGGGACUCCCGGCCACGGGCGGUUGUGGCACAGCCCGGGAAUGAACCCGGGUCUGUAGUAAUGCCUCUAGCACUGCGAUGCAGUGCCUUAGACCGCUGCGCUGGACAGACAAGUUUUACGUGCUACUCGGUGGUCCCGUUCUGCGAUCUAAUGUGUGGUCUACCACUUCGCGGCAGAGCAGUUAUUGCUCCUAGACGUUUCCACUUCACAAUAACAGCAUUUACAGUUCACGAACUAACUUAUUGGAAAGGUGGCAUCCUAUGACAGUGCCACAUUGAAAGUCACUGAGCUCUUCUUCAGUAAAGCCAUUCUACUACCAAUGUUUGUCUAUGGAGAUUGCAUGGCUGUGUACUCGAUUUAAUACACCUGUCAGCAACGGGUGUGGCUGAAAUAGCCGAUUCUAGUAAUUUGAAUGGGUGUCCACAUACUUCUGUGUAUAUAUAGUGUAUUUAUUUUUACCCUGAAUUUGUCUCAAACCUUUUGCUUAGAAGAUAACUGAUUUUGUCAUUUUCUUUCAGAUGGAAAAGAGGGAAAGAACAAAGAUGCAGCUGCUGUGUCCUCUUCCUCCUCCAGUUCUGUCAAGCCGAAGGUGAAGAACACCAGCAGUAUUGCAGGGAUAGCACUGUGUUGGCAGGGCGUGGUACAGAGACGGGUAAGCCACUCUUACGUCUCUAAAAACACUGAGGCCCAUUAUAAACCUACUCUGAUCUAAUGUUAUUGAAGUAAGUUGGUGGUGUAAUUCUGAUCAAAAGCUUAAGUCAAGAUGGCAUCACUAAAUUAAUCUUUUUUUACUUGAGAGUGAUUAUUCGACCCAUGUUUAACAGGUGAAGAAAUUCUUGGACUCGAGGUGCAGUCUGCCAGACUUUGUGGAGCGUUACAGGAACAUGUACCUCAGUCUGAAGAAUGCCAUGGAGGAGCUGUUUGGCCAACAGACAGCAUUUGUGCUGGCUCUCCGCCACGGCUUCUCUGCUGCUCUCCUACAGCUCUCCAUCCUCACCGCCAUGCAUGUGAGUUAUACUGGAUGACCUGUACUCAAUACUACCUGGGUCACGUUCAUUAGGGCACGCAACGAAAAACUGCAAUAGUUAUUCUCUGUUUCAGUCCGUUUUCUUCUGUUUGGUUCCUAAUGAACAUGACCCGGCAAUGUACCUGUAACACAUCUAUGCUCCAGAUCACUGCUGUCUGUGUGGGUUACAUUCUUCAUCUCUAUGUGUGUUUGCAGAUGAGUGAGCAGUUUGCCCAGUACAUUGACUUGAUGAUCCAGGAGAGUGGAGUGGACUCUGGCAAUGUGGAGACUCUUAACCAGUUGCAGCAAUUUCUAGAACCUAUGCUCUUUCUCUCCGGCCUGGAGCUUGCCAACACCUUUGAGCACUGUUACAGGUAAGGCCACAUUUCUAUCUCUGUAGCAGACUCCUGCACGGGUCAGUUUUUUGGAGCCGCAUCUGCUCUGCGCCGGCCACAUCAAUUUCCGCCUAGAAUUGUUCCGAAAGACGAUCUGUGACCUGCCAAAUAACAUAUAUUUAUUUAAUUGUUUUUAUGACUCCAGAGUAGUAGGCUAUUAGCAUUAAUUAGUCUGCAUGUCUAUUCAACAUUUGGAUAAAAGGAAACCAUGCCAUGAAUUAAGAAUGAUAGACCUAUCUUCUUAUGUUCACAAUGUAAUGCUGCACAACUCCAAUCGCUUUUUAAAAAAUAGCCUUCUUAUUAGCCUCCUUCUUCCCUAAUGAAAGCUUAUAGCAGACAUAACAAUACCUUUACUUCAGUGUUGUUUAGAAAAACUAAUAUUUAAUUUAAAUAAACAAUUCCUAGAAUCGAAUAUGCUGUAGGCUAUUGGCUACUCAAACUUUUACCAGCCUCACAGGUUUAAACUUUAUAUGGCCUGCGUAUUGGUCUAAGUGCAAGCCUGAAUUCAUGUAAUAAUUAACCGAAUUAUCGUAAACUAAGACUUGCUUGCACCUUUACCAGCUGUGUAUCCAUCUACCGGGUUGUUGUUCUCCUUGUCCGCAAUGACUGAAAAAAAUCUUCCAAACCUGGGAUUUUCACUAGUGCAGCACCUGUUUCCACGACGGUGUAUUCCACCAUCAUAAUCUUUUUUGAUUUAUCCUGUUACGUUAGCCAUUUGUGUGAGCUAGGAGUCAGGGAAAGUAAACUUGGCAAUGUAUUGUCAUGUGGAGGAAGGGAACAUAAGCUCUGCACGUGGAGAAAUUAGGAAUGUUUCAACACCAUACACAUAAUGGACAGUUCCCUGCUCCACUCUCUCGCUGCGUGGCUAGUAGCCUUGGCUAUGUCUGCAUCACCGCUCACAUAAUGGAAUUCGCAACACAACAAGCUCCUUUGUUCAAAUAAUAUUCUCUUGAUUUUAAAACGUUUCCGACCCGCAAUAUAACUGUUCUGAACCGCGAGCCGACCUGCGGGUUAAAAACAUUUUUAAUUCCACCCGCCAGCUGAUUUCUUUGCGGGUGAACCACGGGGAACUGUGGGGACUCAAAUCUGUAAGGCCAACCUAAGACCAUUUAUCAUCCAUAAAAGGACCAUAUUGUAGCAUUGUCUCGGGAGAGUCUCAAUCCAUCUCUUUUCCCCCCUCCUCCACAGGUACUACCUGGGUGAUAGGCUGCUGGGCCAGGGCAAGGUGUGGCUGGAGAGUGCCGUCAUAAUGCAGAUAGGCACCUGCUUCCCAAACCGCUUCCCCCAGCAGAUGCUGAAGAACCUGAGUGAGUCUGAGGAGCUGCAGCAGGAGUUCCACCUCUACCGCCUCCAGCAGCUGGACAAGACACUGCAGGAUGUCGACGAGGAGGUGAGCAAAGGACCAAAACCACCACUGCAAUGUAAUAUUUUAUACAGUGCAUUCGGAAAGCGUUCAGACACCUUGACUUUUUCCACAUUUUGUUACGUUACAGCUUUAUUCUGAAAUGGGUUAAAUCGUUUUUCUCCCUCAUCAAUCUACACACAAUACUCCAUGACAAAGCGAAAACAGGUUUUUAGAAAUGUUUGCACAUUUAUAAAAUUUUAAUAAAAACUGAAAUAUUACAUUUACAUAGGUAUUCAGACCCUUUACUCAGUACUUUGUUGAAGCACCAUUGGCAGCGAUUAUUGUAUUGUCUUGGCUGUGUGCUUAGGGUCGUUGUCCUGUUGGAAGUUGAACCUUCGCCCCAGCCUGAGGUCCAGAGCGCUCUGGAGCAGGUUUCCAUCAAGGAUCUCUGUACUUUGCUCCUUUCAUCUUUCCCUCGAUCCUGACUAGUGUCCCAGUCCCUGCCGCUGAAAAACAUCCCCACAGCCACCACGCUUCACCUUAGGGAUGGUGCCAGGUUUCCUCCAGACGUGACGCUUAGCAUUCAGGCCAAAUACUUGAAUACUCUUGUUUCUCAUGGUCUGAGAGUCCUAGGUGUCUUUUGGCAUACUCCAAGCGGGCUGUCAUGUGCCUGUUACUGAGGAGUGGCUUCCAUCUGGCCACUCUACCAUAAAGGCCUGAUUUGGUGGAGUGCUGCAGAGAUGGUUGUCCUUCUGGAAGGUUCUCCCAUCUCCACAGAGGAGCUCUGUCAGCGUGACCAUUGGGUUCUUGGUCACCUCCCUGACCAAGGCCCUUCUCCCCCGAUUGUUCAGUUUGGCCGGGCGGCCAGCUCUUCCAUUUUUAAGAAUGAUGGAGUUCACUGUGUUCUUGGGGACCUUCAAUGCUGCAGACAUUUUUUGGUACCCUUCCCCAGGUCUGUGCCACGACACAAUUCUGUCUCCGAGCUCUACAGACAAUUCCUUUGACUUCAUGGCUUGGUUUUUGCUCUGACAUGCACUGUCAACUGUGGGACCUUAUAUAGACAGGUGUGUGCCUUUCCAAAUCAUGUCCAAUCAAUUGAAUUUACCACAGGUGGACUCCAAUCAAGUUGUAGAAACAUCUCAAGGAUGAUCAAUGGAAACAGGAUGCACCUGAGCUCAAUUUCGAGUCUCAUAGCAAAGGGUUUUAAAACGUAUGUAAAUAAGGUGUUCCUGUUUUUUUUAUUUUAAUAGAAGUACAUACAUUUCUAAAAACCUGUUUUCGCUUUGUCAUUAUGGGGCAUUGUGUGGAGAUUGAUGAGGAAAAUGUUUUCUUUAAUCCAUUUUAGAAUAAGGCUGUAACGUAACAAAAUGUGGAGUGGAGGAAGGGGUCUGAAUGCUUUCCCAAUGCACUGGACAGUGAGCUCCAAAAGUAUUGGGACAGUGACACGUUUUGGCUCUGUACUCCAGCAUUUUGCACUUUAACCUCAGUCAUUGUAUCAAAUCCAGACUGUCAGCUUUAAUUUGAGGGUAUUUUCAUUCAUAUUAGGUGAACCGUUUAGAAAUUACAGCACAUUUUGUACAUAGUUCACCCAUUUUAGUGGAUCGAAAGUAUUGGGACAAAUUCACUUAAGUCUAUUAAAGUAUUCCGAUUUUUUUUUUUUUAGUAUUUGGUCUGUAUUCCUAGCACGCAAUGACUACAACAAGCUUGUGACUCUACAAACUUGGAGUCAUUUGCUGUUUGUUUCAGAUUAUUUUGUGCCCAGUAGAAAUGAAUGGUAAAUAAUGUAUUGUGUCAUUUUGGAGUCACUUUUACUGUAAAUAAGAAUAGAAUAUGUUUCUAAACACUUCUACAUGAAUGUGGAUGCUACCUGAUUACGGAUAAUCCUGAAUGAAUCGUGAGUAAUGAUGAGUGCGAAUGUUAGACGCAUAAAUAUCAUACCACCCCCAAAAAACAUGCUAACCCCUGCUAUUGUAAUGGUGAGAGGUUAGCAUGUUUUGGGGGUUAUGAUAUUUGUGCAUCCAACUUUCUCACCUAUAAUUAUUCACAAUUCAUUCAGGAUUAUCCGUAAUCAUGGUAGUUUUCAAAUGAAUGUAGAAGUGUUUUGAAACAUAUUCUAUUCUUAUUUACAAUAAAAGUUACAAUACAUUAUUUACUAUUUCAGUUGGGCACAAAAUAAUCUGAAACAACCAAAACAAACAGCAAAUGACUCCCAAGUUUGUAGAGUCAAGCUUGAUGUAGUCAUUGCGUGCUAGGAAUAUAGACCAAAUACUAAAAACUUUUGACUACUUUAAUAAACAUAAGUGAAUUUGUCCCAAUACUUUCGAUCCACUAAAAUGGGUGGACUAUGUACAAAAAGUGCUGUAAUUUCUAAACGGUUUACCCGAUAUGGAUGAGAACACCAUCAAAUUAAAGCUGACAGUCCAAACUUUAACCUCAUAGUCGCUGUAAUAUUUCAAAUCCAGAGUGCUGGAGUACAGAGCCAAAACAACCAAAAAUGUGCCAUUGUCCCAAUACUUUUGGAGCUCACUGUAUAUAGCAGAUGAUCGUUUCCAAAGCAGCAUACACAUAUUACGAUGUUAUAUGACCUCUUGGGAAUCCAACCCAUAACCCCAAAAAAAUGUUGUCCUUUGCUGUGCUGCAGAUGAUGGAUGAUCAGCCAUCGGAGCCUGAUGAGGAGAGUGAGGUGAAGGUGCUGGUCCUGUCACCUCGCUGCUGGGCCGUCUCCUCACCCUGCUACCUGGACAACUCCAGCAGAUACUUCCCCAAGCAGCUCUGCACCUACCUGGCGGAGUUCACAGACUUCUACUCUAACAGUCAGUCCCCUUCUGUCAUCUGUCUUUUCACAAAGUUUGGCUGUAUGUUUCCCUCCUCACAUUGAUGUACAUUACCGGUCAAAAGUUUUAGAACACCUACUCAUUCAAGGGUUUUUCUUUAUUUUUACUACUUUCUACAUUGUAGAAUAAUAGUGAAGACAUCAAAACUAUGAAAUAACACACAUGGAAUCAUGUAGUAACCAAAAAAGUGUUAAACAAAUUAUAUUAAUAUUUGAGAUAAUUCAAAUAGCCACCAUUUGCCUUGAUGACAGCUUUGCACACUCUUGGCAUUCUCUCAACCAGCUUCAUGAGGUAGUCACCUGGAAUGCAUUUCAAUUAACAGGUUUGGGGGGGGGGGGGGGGUAUACAGAAGAUAGCCCUAUUUGGUAAAAGACCAAGUCCAUAUUAUGGCAAGAACAGCUCAAAUAAGCAAAGAGAAACGACAGUCCAUCAUUACCUUAAGACAUGAAGGUCAGUCAAUACUGAACAUUUCAAGAACUUUAAAAGUUUCUGUAAGUGCAGUCGCAAAAACCAUCAAGUGCUAUGAUAAAACUGGCUCUCAUGAGGACCGCCACAGGAAUGGAAGACCCAGAGUUACCUCUGCUGCAGAGGAUAAGUUCAUUAGAGUUACCAGCCUCAGAAAUUGCAGCCCAAAUAAAUGCUUCACAGAGUUCAAGUAACAGACACAUCUCAACAUCAACUGUUCAGAGGAGACUGUGUGAAUCAGGCCUUCAUGGUCGAAUUUCUGCAAAGAAACCACUACUAAAGGACACCAAUAAGAAGAAGAAGAGACUUGCUUGGGCCAAGAAACACGAGCAAUGGACAUUAAGCCGCUGAAAAUGUGUCCUUUGGUCUGGAGUCCAAAUGCGAGAUUUUUUGUUCCAACCGCUGUGUCUUUGUGAGACGCGGUGUGGGUGAACGGAUGAUCUCUGCAUGUGUAUUUCCCACCGUAAAGCAUGUAGGAGGUGGUGUUAUGGUAUGGGGGUGCUUUGCUGGUGACACUGUCUGUGAUUGAUUAUUUAGAAUUCAAGGCGCACUUAACCAGCAUGGCUACCACAGCAUUCUGCAGUGAUACGCCAUACCAUCUUGUUUGGGCUUGGUGGGACUAUCAUUUGUUUUUCAACAGGACAAUGACCCAACACACAUCCAGGCUGUGUAAGGGCUAUUUUACCAAGAAGGAGAGUGAUGGAGUGCUGCAUCAGAUGACCUGGCCUCCACAAUCACCCGACCUCAACUAAAUUGAGAUGGUUUGGAAUGAGUCGGACCGCAGAGUGAAGGAAAAGCAGGCAACAAGUGCUCAGCAUAUGUGGGAACUCCUUCAAGACUGUUGGAAAAGCAUUCCAGGUGAAGCUGGUUGAGAGAAUGCCAAGUGUGUACAAAGCUGUCAUCAAGGCAAAGGGUUGCUAUUUGAAGAAUAUAACAUAUUUUGAUUUGUUUAACACUUUUUUGGUUACUACAUGAUUCCAUAUGUGUUAUUUCAUAGUUUUGAUGUCUUUACUAUUAUUCUACAAUGUAGAAAAUAGUAAAAAUAAAGAAAAACCAUUUUGAACGGUAGUGUACACUGAACAAAAAUAUGAGCGCCACAUGUUACAUGAGCUGAAAUAAAAGAUCCCAGAAAUGUUCCAUAUGCACAAAAAGCUUAUUUUUCUCUUAUAUUUUGUGCACAUUUGUUUACAUCCCUGUUAGUGAGCAUUUCUCCUUUUGCCAAGAUAAUCCAUCCACCUGACAGGUGUGGCAUAUCAAGAAGCUGAUUAAACAGCAUGAUCAUUACACAGGUGCACCUUGUGCUAUGGACAAUAAAAGGCCAUUCUAAAAUGUGAAGUUUUGUCACACAACACAAUGCCACAGAUUUCUCAAGUUGCGGGAACGUGCAAUUGACAUGCUGACUGCAGGAAUGUCCACGAGCUGUUGCCAGAGAAUGUAAUGUUAAUUUCUAUACCAUAAGCGAGGCGAACAUCGUUUUAGAGAAUUUGGCAGUACGUCCAACCGGCCUCACACCCGCAGACCACGUGUAACCACGCCAGCCCAGGACAUCUGGCUUCUUCACCUGCGGGAUUGUCUGAGACCAGCCACCUAGACAGCUGAUGAAACUGAGGAGUAUUUCUGUAUGUAAUAAAGCCCUUUCUUUGUACUUUUACCAAUUUUUCUCCCCAAUUUCGUGAUAUCCAAUUGGUAGUUAUUCUUGUCCCAUCGCUGCAACUCCCCUACGGACAAGGGAGAGGCGACGGUCGAGAGCCAUGCGUCCUCCGAAACACGACCCUGCCAAGCCGCACUGCUUCUUGACACACUGCUCGCUUAACCCGGAAGCUAGCUGCACCAAUGUGUCGGAGGAAACACCGUCCAGCUGGCGACGGAAGUCAGCUUGCAGGUGCCCGGCCCGCCACAAGGAGUCUCUCGGGCACGAUGGAACAAGGAAAUCCCGGCCGGCCAAACCCUCCACUAACCCGGACGACGCUGGGACAGUUGUGUGCCGCCUCAUGGGUCCUCCCGGUCACGGCCGGCUGUGACACAGCCAGGGAUCAAACCCGGGUCUGUAGUGAUGCCUCAAGACCGCUGCGCCACUCGGGAGGCGGGAAAAACUCAUUCUGAUUGGCUGGGCCUGGCUCCCAAGUGGGUGAGCCUAUGCCCUCCCAGGCCCACCCAUGGCUGCGCCCCUGCCCAGUCGUGAAAUCCAUAGAUUAGGGCCUAAUUAAUUUCAAUUUACUGAUUUCCUUAUAUGAACUGUACCUCAGUAAAAUCGUUGAAGUUGUUGCGUUUAUAUUUUUGUUCAGUAUAUUUUAGAUCUUUCUCAUAUGCCAAAAUCUUGCGAAGUUCCAUCAGAGCCAGUCCGUUACAAAGGCAUCUUUCAGAACGGAAGUGCUAGAGGCUGAUUUGAUGUGUGUUUGUCUGCAGGUCAGUGCGUGUACAAUCUGACCCACAGUAAGCCCAGGCGUCUACAGUGGACCUGGCUGGGCCAUGCAGAGCUGCACUACGGCUCCUGCACUCUCUAUGUCUCCACCCUGCAGAUGUACAUCCUCCUGCAGUUCAACCACCAACAGGUAACUAGAUGGGGGAAACGCAGUGCAAAGCGAGUUUAAUUAUUUAAAAAAAUGUCAUUGAUAAUGGGCUGAUGUCUCUUAAACUACCUCCUGUUGUUAUUAUUUCAGGAUGUAUCUGUGGAGGCUCUUCAGCAGGCCACAGGCCUCUCCCCGAUAGUGCUGGCCCAUGCGCUGUCUCCCCUCACUGCAGAGAAGGGCAUUCUCACCACAGACAGCCCCAAUAACAAUUUUGUGAAGGGUGAGCUCCCGCUCUUUCUUUCCCUGGCUAGCUCUUUCUUUGAGCCUUUCACAAAUACAUUAUAUGGAGCUACUGUGGAUCCCUGUAAUCCAGCAGAUUUUUUGGUGACAUUGCAUUUACAAAAAUAAUUACACCCAAAGAUUCCAUCCCCUCAAUUGUUUCCCAGUUAGUUGUUAUUUUCAUGACCAUUUGAAUUUACUGUUGGCGUUUGUGGAGUUGGACUGAAUUUAAGGUUUUGUCCUUCUCUGCACAUAGGAGUCCUGAGGUUGAACAAAAAAGCUCUGUCUCAGAGUUUGGAAAACCACAGCUACCUGCCCAAGCAGACCUACCUGAAUGUGGACGAGGAUGCUGCCCGCUUGCUGGAGAGGAAGAGGAACUUCAUCUACUGCCUCAUCAUCCAGAUCAUGAAGGCUGAGAAAGAGAUGCACAUAGACAACCUGGUGUUCAGAGUAAGGCCUUGUUCCCUCAUGUGUGACCAAUGGAGAUUAUCAACUGAUCCUAUGUAGUGGCAGCAUAAACAUACAUCCCUCCAUGUUUCAGGUCCAGCUUUUAUUUAGACUCCUCUUUAUUUGAUGUGCCAGAUGCUAGCAGUGGGUGUCUUUUACGUCCCUAUUUUAUCCCUUGUCCUCCCUUAGGUGUUGGACACAUGUCAGAAGCGGGAGGCGACUCGUUCCCCAGGUUCGGUGCAUUUCAGCUGCAGCACUACAGACGUGCUGUCCUGUGUCAUGCACGUCAUCAGCAAGGGCUACAUCAGGCGCAAUGAGGACAGCCCCCACAUCGUGGAGUUCCUGCCUGAAGACCCCUCCACUCCCCUGAAGGGCCAGGCGCAAUUCUCCUUCAGCAAGGCAGAGCUGAAGAAUAACCCCAGCAACAGCAGCAACGCUGACAUCAGGUGUGCGGACGACCCUUGACCUAGUGGGGGAAGGGUUUUUAAUGUAGACGGCUGGUGUAGCCUCUGUGGUGAUUCUGUAUCUCAGGGCAUGUUUGGUUUUUGAAUUGUAGGGAAGGAGAGUAGAAGAAGAUUUACUAACAGGCCUUUUCCAUUUCUAUGUCUGUCUGCCAUAGCCGUUGCAUAAAUGCUUUAAUAGAUAACCAAUUGGGUUGAGGUCUUCAGCCCUGACAUUACAGCACUUAUUUGUGCCAUAUGCACUCGUUCUGUCCUAGUUGAGCUUUUAAAUACACAUUGACCUAAACUGUGGCUGGAUGGCAAUGCCUGGCAACGUUAGUCAUUUCACAUACAGGAUGACCAUUGACCACUGAUGCUGUUUACCUUCAAAGAAACCCAUGGCUCCAAUACUGAAACGAUUCAUGAAACACAAAAAUUAUCAAGGCUUUUAUGCAAUAUGUUGAGAAACAGUCAAAAGAUGCUAGUGAAUGUUCUAUUAAUAUAAAUAAAAGACAAUUUCAACUUUGAACCAUGUUUGCUGCCUUAUUUUGUGUGGUUAUAAUACAGUAGUCUAUAAAUGCUGUGUGGGGUGAGAUCUUUAUUAAUGAAGAUACCAAAAUUAGUCUCUACAGCUCUUUGCCAUUAAAAUCACACUACUAACCUGAUAAUUACAAGCUCUGCUUUCCAUAAAGAUGUUAUUCUGUCGCACUGUUUUUAAUAACACAUGCUUGUUCUCUGAAAUGAGAGUAUUUCCAAUGUAAUCAUACUAAACUGAGACCCCCUCACGUUUAAGAAGUUAAGAUUUCCGUAGCUGUAAGUUACCUCUUGUGACCCGCUGUGUCUCCUCCUGCAGCCUGGAAGGCAUCAUUGCAGCCCCUCAGAGUGUGGAAGACGGGGUCCUGGAGGCUGUCCUGUUGUCCAUGGGCCGGACUAUGAACCAGGAGGAGGUACGGCAGCUGAUGCAGCGCACAGUCCAGCAGGUCUCUGGCACCCUGAGUCUGGACCUGGACCGGGCUGAGCACCUGCUGGUCCACUGCAAGUGGAACGUGGACGUGCUGAUCCAGCGCUACACAGACGACCCAGACUCCCUGGUCAUGGCUGCUGGGCUGAAGGGCUGGAACCCCCAGCCGCCCCCCAGCCCUGUGUCCAGCUGCCCUGUGUGCCUCAUCUCUGAAACAGGGGAGGCAGAUCCCGCCCCCACCCUCUGCUGCAUGCACUACUGCUGCCGGGUCAGUCACUUUACAGAUUUUUCUAAUCCUUUUCCAACUUUAAAUUAGUUUUAAUCUUGUAUGGAUACUUUAAAAGGGGCAUUUUGCAGUUUCUAUAUAGUUUUUUGGACUUAAUUAAUGUACCCAUUGAUUCUUGAAGAAUAUACAGUGCCUUCAGGAAUUAUUCGUACCGCUUGACUUAUUCCACAUUUUGUUGUUACAGCCUGAAUUCAAAAUGGAUUCAAUAGAUGUUUUUUCCCGCCCAUCUACACACAAUACCUCAUAAUGACAAAGUGAAAAAGUGUUUUAGAUUUUUUUUCACAUUUAUUGAAAAUGAGAUCCAGAAAUACACUACAUGGCCAAAAGUAUGUGGACACCUGCUUGUCAAACAUCUAAAUCCAAAAUCAUGGGCAUUAAUAUGGAGUUGGUCCCCCCUUUGCUGCUAUAACAGCCUCCACUCUUCUGGGAAGGAUUUCCACUAGAUGUUGGAACAUUGCUGCGGGGACUUAUUUCCAUUCAGUCACGAGCAUUAGUGAGGUCGGGCACUGAUGUUGGGCGAUUAGGCCUGGCUCGCAGUCUGCGUUCCAAUUCAUCCCAAAGGUGUUCGAUGGGGUUGAGGUCAGGGCUCUGUCAGGCCAGUCAAGUUCUUCCACACUGAUCUCGACAAACCAUUUCUGUAUGGACCUCGCUUUGUGCACGGGGGCAUUGUAAUGCUGAAACAGGAAAGGGCCUUCCCCAAACUGUUGCCACAACGUUGGAAGCACAGAAUUGUCUAGAAUGUCAUUGUAUGCUGUAGCGUUAAGAUUGACCUUCACUGGAACUAAGGGGCCUAGCCCAAACCAUAAAAAACAGCCCCAGACCAUUAUUCCUCCUCCACCAAACUUUACAGUGUGCACUAUGCAUUCAGGCAGGUAGCGUUCUCCUGGCAUCCGCCAAACCCAGAUUUGUCCAAACCCAGAUGGAGAAGCUUGAUUCAUCACUCCAGAGAACGUGUUUCCAUUGCUCCAGUGGCGGCGAGCUUUACACCACUCCAGCCGACGCUUGGCAUUGCGCAUGGUGACCUUAGGCUUGUGUGCGGCUGCUCGGCCAUGGAAACCCAUUUCAUGAAGCUCCCGACGAACAGUUCUUGUGCUGACGUUGCUUCCAGAGGCAGUUUAGAACUUGGUAGGGAGUGUUUCAACCGAGGUCAGACAAUUUUUAUGCGCUUCAGCAAUAACGGUACUUACAGUUGACCGGGGCAGCCCUGGCAGGGCAGAAAUUUGACGAACUGACUUGUUGGAAAGGUGGCAUCCUAUGACGGUGCCACAUUGAAAGUCACUGAGCUCUUCAGUACGGCCCAAUGUUUGCCUAUGAAGAUUGCAUGGCGGUGUGCUCGAUUUUAUACACCUGUCAGCAACGGGUGUGGCUGAAAUAGCCAAAUGCACUAAUUUGAAGGGGUGUCCACAUACACAAUAUAUACAAAAGUAUGUGGACACCCCUUCAAAUUAGUGGAUUCGGCUAUUGUACAAUAUUUACACAUUCUUACAAAAAUUCUUCAAGCUCUGUCAAGUUGGUUGUUGAUCAUUGCUAGACAGACAUUUUCAAGCCGAUUUAGGUCAAAACUAACCCCUCAGACCUCGCGGUCUUCUUGGUAAGCAAUUCCAGUGUAUAUUUGGCCUUGUGUUUAAGGUUAUUGUCCUGCUGAAAGGUGAAUUUGUCUCCCAGUCUGUUAGAAAGCAGACUGAACCAGGUUUUCCUCUAGGAUUUUGCCUGUGCUUAGCUCUCUUCCGUUUCGUUUUGUCCUAAAAAAAACGAUAACAAGCAUACCCAUAACAUGAUGCAGCCACCACCAUGCUUGAAAAUAUGAAGAUUGGUUCUCAGUGAUGUGUUGGAUUUGCUUCAGGACAUGAAGUACAUUUCUUUGCUACAUUGUUUGCAGUUUUACUUUAGUGCCUUACUGCAAACAAUGCAUGUUUUGUUUAUGAAUUUGAGUGGUUACAUUUCUCCAACCCUAUCCCUCAGCUUUUUACCGAAACGGGUGAGGAGUGUACUUUGUUAUUGUUUCAACUGCUGAUUGCUGCUUUAAGAAUGAAUGAAUCUGUACAUGUGGAGUCGUAACAUCCGCUCCUAAUUGAUGUGUGAACAGUUCAUCACAGGACUCCCAUUUCAUGAUUCUUUAUUUAUUUUUCCUUCCUACAGUCUUGCUGGCAGGAGUACCUCACGGCCAGAAUUGAGCAGAACCUGGUGAUGAACUGCAACUGUCCAAUAACAGACUGCCGAGCACAACCUACCUCUCAGUUCUUCUUCAACAUCCUGACCAACAAGGACACCAUCGCCAAGGUCUGCACCCCCCCCCCCCCCCCACCCCCCCACCCACACAGCCCAAUGAGAGCAACACACUUAGUGCAUUCGGAAAGUAUUCAAACCCCUUGAUUUUUUCCCCACAUUGUUACGUUACAGCCUUAUUCUAAAAAAAAUAUAUAUAUAUAUAUAUAUAUAUAUAUAUAUAUCAUCAAUCUACACACAAUACUCCAUAAUGACAAAGCAAAAACAGGUUUUUAGAAAUUUUUGCAAAUGUAUUAAAAAGAAAAAUGGACAUAUCACAUUUACAUAAGUAUUCAUACCCUUUACUCAGUACUUUGUUGAAGCACCUUUGGCACCGAUUACAGCCUCGAGUGUUCUUGGGUAUGACGCUACAAGCUUGGGACACCUGUAUUUGGGGAGUUUCUCCCAUUUAUUCUUUGCAGACCUUCUCAAACUGUCAGGUUGGAUGGGGAGUGUCGCUGCACAGCUAUUUUCAGGUCUCUCCAGAGAUGUUUGAUUGGGUUCAAGUCCGGACUCUGUCUGGGCCACUCAAGGACAUUCAGAGACUUCUCCUGAAGCCACUCCUGCGUUGUCUUGGCUGUGUGCUUAGGGUCGUUGUCCUGUUGGAAGGUGUACCUUUACCCCAGUCUGAGGUCCUGAGCGCUCUGGAGCAGGUUUUCAUCAAGGAUCUCGCUGUACUUUGCUCCAUUCAUCUUUCCCUUGAUCCUGACUAGUCUCCCAGUCCCUGCCGCUGAAAAACAUCCCUACAGCAUGAUGCUGCCACCACCAUGCUUCACCGUAGGGAUGGUGCCAGGUUUCCUCCAGACGUGACGCUUGGCAUUCAGGCCAAAGAGUUCAAUCUUGGUUUCAUCAGACCAGAGAAUCUUGUUUCUCAUGGUCUGAGAGUCCUUUAGGUGCCUUUUGGCAAACUCCAAGCGGGCUGUUGUGCCUUUUACUGAGCAGUGGCUUCCAUCUGAUUGGUGGAGUGCUGCAGAGAUGGUUGUCCUUCUGGAAGGUUCUCCCAUCUCCACAGAGGAAAUAUGUAGAGCUCUGUCAGAGUGACCAUCGGGUUCUUGGUCACCUCCCUGACCAAGGUCCUUCACCCCGAUUGCUCAGUUUGGCCGGGCGGCCAGCUCUAGGAAACCUUUUCCAUUUAAAGAAUGAUGGAGGCCACUGUGUUCUUGGGGACUUUCAAUGCUGCAGAAAUUGUUUGGUACCCUUCCCCAGAUCUGUGCCUCCACACAAUCCUGUCUCGGAGCUCUACAGACAAUUCCUUCGACCUCAUGGCUUGUUUUUUGCUCUGACAUGCACUGUCAACUGUGGGACCUUAUAUAGACCGGUGUGUGCCUUUCCAAAUCAUGUCCAAUCAAUUGAAUUUACCACAGGUGGACUCCAAUCAAGUUGUAAAAACAUAAUGGAUGAUCAAUGGAAGCAGGAUGCACCUGAGCUCAAUUUUGAGUCUCAUAGCAAAGGGUCUGAAUACUUAUGUAAAUAAGGUAUUUCUGUUUUUUACUUUUUAUAGAUUGGCAAAGAUUUCUAACAACCUGUUUUCGCUUUGUCAUUAUGGGGUAUUGUGUGUAGAUUGAUGAGCAUUUUUAUUUAUUUAAUCCAUUUUAGAAUAAGGCUGUAAUGUAACAAAAUGUGGAAAAAGUCAAGGGGUCUGAAUACUUUAAUGUACUGUAUAUAAACCCAUAAAGUUAUACAUAUCCAGUUGUACAUGUUUGUUUGCUGAUCGUGAGUUUAAAACAGUAGCACCUAUCCAUCCUCUGAGGCCCCUCCGCUCCUGUCAUCUGUUUCCCCCUCAGUAUGAGAACGCGCUCCUCCGGGGCUACGUGGAGUGCUGCUCCAACCUGACCUGGUGCACCAACCCCGUAGGCUGUGACCAGAUCCUGUGCAGGGACAACAUCGGCAGCAUGGGCAACUGUUCAAAGUGCUGCUGGUCCUCCUGCUUCAGCUGCAACUUCCCAGAGGUUAGCACUGAGCUGUCAUGCACAUCUCCUGUCCUCAUUAAUGUUUUUUUUGUGGUUUAUUUGUCUUCUUUUUUUUACUUCAAUGGCAUUGAAUCAGAAAUCCAUAUUUGUAUGGUUACCCAUCAGACUUGGUGUAGUGUAAAUCUAUCUAGUACAUACAGUAUUUUUGUUCAUAGAGACACAAGCAAGCACAGAGUAUAGAUUUAUGCUGAUUUCUUAACCCCCACUUUCUCCCCAGGCUCACUACCCAGCCAGCUGCAGUCACAUGUCCCAGUGGAUGGACGAUGGUGGCUACUACGAGGGUAUGACCAUGGAAGCCCAGAGUAAGCACCUUGCCAAACUCAUCUCCAAACGCUGCCCUAGCUGCCAGGCCCAGAUAGAGAAGAAUGAAGGCUGCCUACAGUAAGUAUAAAGCCACUGGACCCGUGUCAAUCCUCAGCCCUGUUCUCUGUCGAUUUCCAUCAAACCAUUUCAAGGUUUACCAAAGUAUGUUGUAGGGAUUUAUAGGCAUCACUGUUACUGCCACUCUAAUUCUUUUUCAGUAUGACUUGUGCCAAAUGUAACCAUGGAUUUUGCUGGAGGUGUCUCAAGCCAUGGAAACCAACCCACAAAGAUUACUUCAACUGCUCAGCUAUGGUAAGUCCAUAUGACUUGAUUAAAUUAAGUUUGUGCUUCAUACGAUUUUGUACAAAUGCAAAGGGUUUCCAUGAAUUGCAGAGUAUUUACACUCCCCUCCAUAUGUAUUUGGACAGUGAAGUGAACAUUUUUAAUUUGGCUCUGUACUCCACCAUUUUGGAUUUGAUGAAAUGUUUCAUGAGGCGACUUUACAGAAUGUCACCUUUUUAUUUGAGGGUAUUUUCAUACAUAUGUUUCACCGUUUAGAAAUGAAAGCACUAUGUAUUUGAGGAAGUCAAGUAUUUGGACAAAUUCGAUUACUGUAUUAAAGGAGUCAAACGUUUAGUAUUUUGUCUUUGCACUCAAUGACUACAUCAAGCUUGUGACUCUACAAACUCGUUGGAUGCAUUUGCAGUUUGUUUUGGUUGUGUUUCAGAUUAUAUUUUGCCCAAUAGGAACUGAAUGGUGAAUAAUGUAUUUUCUCAUGUUUCUGAACAAUUCUACAUUAAUGUGGAUGCUACCAUUAUUAUGGAUAAUCAUGACUGAACCAUGAACAAUUAUGAGUGAGAAAGUUAGAAGCGCAAAGAUCAUACCUCCCCUGUUAUUGGUAAUGGUGAGGUUAGCAUGUAUUGUUUUAGCCUUUGUAACCUUCUCACUCAUUAUUAUUCAUUUUUCAUUCAUGAUCUUUCAGUGUUCAGAAACAUCUUAUCUACUAACUUGGAAAGAAAAUUACUCCAUUCACCAUUCAGUUCCUAUUGGGCAAAACCUUACCCAAAACUCAAUGUGCAAUCCAGGGUGGGGCCCCAGGACCAAGUUUGGGAAACCCUGCUUUAAUACAACACAACAAGUUCUGUUGAUUUCCAAUGCAGUGAUCCACUUUUUUUCUGGCUGCAGGUGAGUAAAGCAGCAAGGCAGGAAAAGAAGUUCCAAGACUACAACGAGAGAUGCACUUUCCACAACCAAGCCAAGGACUUUGCCAUCAAUCUAGAGAGCAAAGUCUCCUCCAUCAAUGAAGCCCUGCAAAUGAAGUCCUUGACGUUUGUUAUUGAUGCCUGCAAAGUCCUCGCUCAAGCUCACAAGGUAAGAGGAAGUAAACUAAUAAGAAAAUAACCGACCAAUCUGUAGAGAAAUGUAAGCAAUCACCAUGCAAUCUGACAUGAAAGAUUCAUGAUUAGGGCUGUGGCGGUCAUGAAAUGUUGUCAGCUGGUUGUCAUGCAAAAGUCUGCCAGGCUCACGGUAAUUGACCGUUAAUUAACAUAAACACGUUUAGCAUCUGCAGGCCUCUAAGCAUACAAGCCGCUGAUGCGCGCUUUUGGAACAUCAACAUUUAAAAAAGCAUAAUAAGUCAAUUUAAUAUACACCAUCACAAUAUAUCCUUUAUUUUAGGCAGGUCUAAAGAAACAUGAUAUGAAUCAAAUGUAUUUCAGAAGAACAGAAUGAGUGAAUGGCCUACUAAAUGUUAUCUGGCUAUGCACCAUGCCAUAGGCUGUAAGUAGGCUUGUUCAUUUAGCAGACAACAUAUGCUUAUAGGUCUCGUGCCAUUAUUUUAUAGUAUGUGAUUUUAUAGUAAGAAGAAUAUAAUUGAACUUAGUUGAAUAAAAUAUAAAGGGUAUUUUUCCCAUUCCGGUGCGAGUGCGCAUUUGAUGUAGUUAUGUUGAGUGUAAAAGUGAUCAUUUGAAACCAGUCCUAUACGCUAGAUUGAGUUAUUUUGCAGCUUUAGUUGUACACUGAACAAAAAUAUAAACGCAACAAUUUCAGUCAGUCAAUUGAAAUAAAUUAAUUAGGCCCUAAUCUAUGGAUUUCACAUGACUGGGAAUACAGAUAUGCACCUAUUGGUCACAGAUGCCUUAUAAAAAAAAAAGGUAGGGGCAUGGAUCAGAAAACCAGUCAGUAUCUGGUGUGACCACCAUUUGCCUCAUUCAGCACGACACAUCUCCUUCGCAUAGAGUUGAUCAGGCUGUUGAUUGUGGCCUGUGGAAUGUUGUCCCACUCCUAUUCAAUGGCUGUGCGAAGUUGCUGGAUAUUGGCGGGAACUGGCACACGCUGUCGUAAACGUUGAUCCAGAGCAUCCCAAACAUGCUCAAUGGGUGACAUGUCUGGUGAGUAUGCAGGCCAUGGAAGAACUGGGACAUAUUCAGCUUCCAGCAAUUGUGUACAGAUCCUUGCGACAUGGGGCCGUGCAUUAUCAUGCUGAAACAUGAGGCGGUGGAUGAAUGGCAUGACAUUGGGCCUCAGUAUCUCGUCACGGUAUCUCUGUGAAUUCAAAUUGCCAUCGAUAAAAUGCAAUUGUGUUUGUUGUCCGUAGCUUAUGCCUGCCCAUACCAUAAACCCACCGGCCACCAUUGGGCACUCGUUGAUAUCAGCAAACCGCGCUGUCUGCCAUCUGCCUGGUACAGUUGAAACUGGGAUUCAUCUGUGAAGAGCACACUUCUCCGGCGUGCUAGUGGCCAUCGAAGGUGAGCAUUUGCCCACUGAAGUCGGUUACGAAGCCGAACUGCAGUCAGGUCAAGACCCUGGUAAGGACGACGAGCCACAGAUGAACUUCCCUGAGACGGUUUCUGAACAUUUGUACUGAAAUUCUUUGGUUUUGCAAACCCAGUUUCAUCAGCUGUUCGGGUGGCUGGUCUCAGACAAUCCCGCAGGUGAUGAAGCUGGAUGUGGAGGUCCAGGGCUGGCAUGGUUACACGUGGUCUGCGGUUGUGAGGCCGGUUAGACAUACUGCCAAAUCCUCAAAAAUUUAAAAUGACGUUAGAGGUGGAUUAUGGUAGAGAAAUUAACAUUAAAUUCUCUGGCAACAGCUCUGGUGGACAUUCCUGCAGUCAGCAUGCCAAUUGCACUCUCCCUCAACUUGAGACCUCUGUGGCAUUGUGUUGUGACAAAACUGCACAUUUUAGAGUGGCCUUUUAUUGUCCCCAGCACAAGGUGCACCUGUGUAAUGAUCAUGCUGUUUAAUCAGCUUCUUGAUAUUCCACACCUGUCAGGUGGAUGGAUUAUCUUGGCAAAGGAGAAAUGCUCAUUAACAGGGAUGUAAACACAUUUGUGCACAACAUUUUAGAGAAAUACGCUUUUUGUGUGUAUGGAACAUUUUCUGGGAUCUUUUAUUUCAGCUCAUGAAACAUGGGACCAACACUUUACAUGUUGCGUUUAUAUUUUUGUAUAAAUUAUACACACCUUAGAAUGUCUUAGAAAUCUUAAACAUAUGGGCUGCAUGGUGCGACUAUAGGCUAUUGAUAAUUUGAGAAAGUCGCAAAACAAAUUUACGCUCUGCUCCUUGCCUCAGGCUGCACGUGUUGUUCUCAAUUUAAUCUCAUCUUUACUAAUAUGUAAAAUUAGUUUAGAUUCAGAAUGACCCAUUAUCAAAGGGGCAUGGGGAAGAAAGAUGUAAUCUGUAUGCACUCGAAUAGCGAAUGGAGUCCGCUUUCCCACCGGUUCGUUGACGACGAACAUGUAGUGAGGACCAGCCAACAAGAGCGUAUAGGUCACAGUGGUGGGUAGUGUAUGGGGCUUUGGAAGACAAAACGGAUGGCACUGUGAUUGAGGAUCAUGCAGCAUCUUGCUGCACGACAGAUGAUAUUCCCCCCCAAAACUCUAUGCCAUGGGCUCUCCAACCAUGUUCCUGCAGCUUCCCAGUGCUUAAUUUGGGAAACCAAGUGAAAUCUGUUAAUGAACAUCGAUAGCCUAUGUUUUGUUGUGAAAACAUGUUACUAUUUCAUUAAACUGUUGCCAGCCCCUCUCUGCAUGCUUGAGAAAGGAAUGCACGGUGGUGAGAUCAUGUAGCUAAAGCCUAUUACUAGGCUAUUCAAAAUCCAAUGCAAAUUCACUAUAAUUGUAGGCUAACUCUGUAAGGCGCCCUGCACAAUCAAUGAACCAACAGCAUCUCCUAGGCCUAUACGUUCUCUCCCAGACUCAUGGAUAGGAAGUUUGGAGUGUAGUAUAAGGUAAACAGUCCAUCCAGUAUGCAUAAUAAUACAGUCCACACUCAAAGGCGAUUACUAGAAUUUGUUUAAUUUUUGGAGUAUAGGCUAGACCAAUUAUGAACCAAAAACAACUUAAAUCAGUUUUUUAAAUGUUUUUCUGCCAUGUGUACGCUAUGUAUCGUAUAACGGCACAAUCAUUAUUUUAAUUCGGGGGGUUUCGGGCUUGGCCUCAUAUGUAUAUGGAUAAACUCUAAUAUGCAUAUGGUUGUCUUUGAAUGAAUCAUCACCUUUAGAAAGUGCUGCCAAUUUCGUUGUUAGGCUUUGAAACAACAUCCACAACGACCAUGUUUUCCACUGUUUCAACCUGUUGAAUUUCUUUCUUCAAUUUGAUCAAUCACAAUGAGGUGAGUUUUAAAAGCACAAUACUGUUUUGAUGAUAAGUGUUUGAGGGACAAUAGAGCCCUGAGUACCAGGCCAUUAAGUGACCUUAUGGUCGUUAAUUUGUUGGGUACUACCGACGCAUGUCCAGAGUGCAUAAGAGGAGAUUACCAUGACUCAACGGUCACAUGGCAUUUUACUGAGGUCAUGACUGCCGGUGUGGCGGUAAUACGGUCACCGCAAGAGCCCUAUUCAUGAUGAACCUUGUCAGCAUUCAAAAGAUGUAUCCAUAUGACUAAUAUGGAUCCCUUGCCUGACUGUGCCAUAUAGGUGCUGGCCUACUCAUGUGUGUACAGCUACUACAACCAGGACACAGAGAAGAUGGAUGUGAUGGAGCAGCAAAUGGAAGCCCUGGAGCUUCACACCAACGCCCUACAGAUCCUGCUGGGUAAGACCUGCAGGAAUGACAGUGCCUUCAGAAAGUAUUCACACCCCUUGAACUUUUCCACAUUUUGUUGUGUUACAGCCUGAAUUUAAAAUUGAUUAAAUUGAGAUUUUGUGUCACUGGCCUAAACACAAUACCCCAUAAUGUGAAAGUGGAAUUAUGUUUUUCGAAAUUUUACAAAUUAAUAAAAAAUGAAAAGCUUUAAUGUCUUAAGUCAAUAAGUAUUCAACCCCUUUGUUAUGACAAGCCUAAAUAAGUUCAGGAGUAAAAAUGUUCAUAACAAGUCACAUAAGUUGCAUGGACUCACUCUGUGUGCAAUAAUAUUGUUUAACAUGAUUACUUCAUCUCUGUACCCCACACCAUCAAUUAUUUGUAAGGUCCCUAAUUCGAGCAGUGAAUUUCAAACACAGACCAGGGAGGUUUUCCAAUGGCUCGCCAAGAAGGGCACCUAUUGGUGGAUGGUUAAAAAAAAAAAGCAGACAUUGAAUAUCCCUUUGAGCAUGGUGAAGUUAUUAAUUACACUUUGGAUGGCGUAUCAAUACACCCAAUCACUACAAAUAUAUACAGGCGUCCUUCCUUACUCAGUUGCCGGAGAGGAAGGAAACCGCUCAGGGAUUUCACCAGGAGGCCGAAUUUGAAAAGUAGGAAGCCUGUACAGAAUAAAAAUAUUCCAAAAUAUGCAUCCUGUUUGCAAUAAGGCAUUAAAGUAAAACUGCAAAAAAUGUGGCAAAGAAAUUAACUUUAUGACCUGAAUACAAAGUGUUAUGUUUGGGGCAAACACAACGUCACUGAGUACCACUUCAUAUUUUCAUUUUCAAGCAUGGUGGUGGCAAGGGGUAUGAAUACUUUCUGAAGGCACUGUAUAUCGGGAAGGAAAAGGAUCAUUGUAAGAUUGUCAAGGCAAAUUUCUAUUAAGUACAGAUUGGCAUUUGAAAUGAUUUCACUAUUAGAAUAAUAUGAUUUUGUAAAAUGUUUACUUCAAUGGAGACUUGCCGGUGUGCUGCACUCUGCUUGUUUCAGCAGAAGGGUGGAGGAGGGGAUUUCUAAUAGGGCUGAAGUCAUACCAUAUUUGUAAAAAAAAUAAUAAUGACAGCUGUGAUGGAACAGGAAGUUUCAGUAAAAAUUUGAAUGCCGACAGAAUUUGUUUGGCGGUGGAAACUCCUUUAUGCACAAAUAUUGACAUAAUAACCAUAAUAUCGAAGUAAACUUGGAGUCACUACGACUCGGGAAACCACACAGUUUAUUAGGGUACAGUUGAAAUAAGUUGAUGAACUUCACAGGGUGGUGAAAGUGCACGUGACCUUGAUGCUCCUUUCCAAUAAAAAUCGAGGGUCUUAUUCUGGUGACUUGAUGAUUGAUGCUUAACUGCCGUUUGACAAAUACAAAUAUUCUCGCUCUUAUCAUAAUAUCAUAAUGUAGACUAGCUUACCUGCACUGUACCUGCGAGCGGUUGUUGGCUAGAGCGCACGUGCCAAGACCAGAGACACAUUUGCUAUUUAACACAACCGUUUUUGUGACAUCUAUCGGUGGAGUUGAAAAUGUGAUGGAAACUUUAGAUUUUUAUUCGGUACAUGGAAAAGUACAUUUUGUGUGCACUGGUUUUUAUCCGCAACAAGUCCAUUUGGAAACACCACUGGUGGAAAGAAAAUAUUUUAUGCGGAUUCUAGAAUAUUCGCAUGAAAAUCUGUCACUAAUUGGAUGGAAACGUAGCUAGUGGCAUGGAGGGAGAGCGAGAAAGUAGCCAAACUGAUUCGCACUAGUUAGAUAACCUAUGACAGCAACAAGUUUGUCCAUCAUACCAUCUGGUAGUGCCUAUCUUGACUGCAUCAAAUCAUUGUAAAGAAGCUAGCUACAGAAGCCAGGCUAAUCGAAUUUUUAGGUGUCCUUGUGUACAACUAGGGCUGACUCCAUUUUUUUUGUCCAUUGUGGAGGCCGUGGGGAUGGCAAUGUCCAUCACUCUUAAGACGUGCUACUGAAAUUGUAUAUGGUUUAUAUUACAUAAGAACAAUAUUUUAUAACAAAUACGCUUUCUCCCGCGUUGGAUAGUGGUCGUUGUCCGCGGUUCUGAAACAUUAGGGCGCUGUUGAAUUGGCGCCUUUUCCUAGACCAUGUUGCUAUGUGCAUAAUAGGAAAGUUAACCAGCAUAUUGGUUUUGAGAACAAUGCGGCGGAGGCAGCAGUGGAGUUAGAUGAGAAAACAGCCCUUGCCUUAAUUGUCUAAAAUAAAGUGAGGAGAGGGGGAACCCCAACUUAAUUAGGUCUAUAAUCAAUAGCCUAACUGUUAAAUCUGCCUGGCAGAUCCUGCUUCUGUUGCCUGUUUGAGUGUUUGUUUAAUAGCCUGCUGAUUCCGUGAACACCAAGCCUCAUGCAACCACAACAUGUCGGAUAAACAAUUUCACAAAUUCUGCUGUUUUGAAUCUUUGCUAUGCUGUAAUAAAGGCUUUACACUUUUCUUCGUUAGAAGGUAUUAUUUGUUAUUUAUUUAGUGUUUACACUGUUCCAAAUUUUCUUGAUCUCCUUAUUGUUAUGAUCAUCAUUAUAAUAAUAAGUAAUGUCAUUAUCAUUAGUAGGCUUAGUAUAGCAGCCUUGUACAGUGCAUUUGGAAAGUAUUCAGACCCCCUAGACUUUUUCCACUUUGUUACCUUACAGCCUUAUUAUAAAAUUGAUUAAAUAGUUUUUUUUCCCUCAUCAAUCUACACACAAUACCCCAUAAUGACAAAGUAAAAACAGGUUUUUAGACAUUUUAGCAAAUGUAUAAAAUCAAUAUCAAGGCUCUCUCUGUAUUUUGCUCCGUUAAUCUUUCCCUCAAUCCUGACUAGUCUCUCAGUCCCUGCCGCUGAAAAACAUCCCCACAGCAUGAUGCUGCCACCUCAAUGCUUCACCUUAGGGGUGGUGCCAGGUUUCCUCCAAACGUGUGACGCUUGGCAUUCAGGCCAAAGAGUUCAAUCUUGGUUUCAUCAGACCCGAGAAUCUAGUUUCUCAUGGUCUGAGAAUCCUGUAGGUGCCUUUUGGCAAACUCCAAGCAGGCUGUCGUACCUUUUACUGAGGAGUGGCUUCCGUCUGGCCACUACCAUAAAGGCCUGAUUUGGUGGAGUGCUGCAGAGAUGGUUGUCCUUCUGGAAGGUUCUCCCAUCUCCACAGAGGAACUCUGGAGCUCUGUCAGAGUGACCAUCGGGUUCUUGGUCUCCUCCCUGACCAAGGCCCUUCUCCCCCAAUUGCUCAGUUUGGCCGGGUGGCCUGCUCUAGGAAGAGUCUUCUUCCAUUUAAGAAUGAUGGAGGCCACUGUGUUCUUGGGGACCUUCAAUGCUGCAGACAUUUUUUGGUACCCUUCCCCAGAUUUGUGCCUCGACACAAUCCUGUCUCGGAGCUCUACGGACAAUUCCUUCGACCUCAUGGCUUGGUUUUUGCUCUGACAUGCACUGUCAACUGUGGGACCUUAUAUAGACAGGUGUGUGCCUUUCCAAAUCAUGUCUAAUCAAUUGAAUUUAACACAGGUGGAUUUCAAGUUGUAAAAACAUCUCAAGGAUGAUCAAUGGAAACAGGAUGCACCUGAUCUCAAUUUCGAGUCUCAUAGCAAAGGGUCUGAAUACAUAUGUAAAUAAGGUAUUUCUGUUUUCUAAAAACGAUUGCAAAAAUGUCUAAAAACCUGUUUUUGCUUUGUCAAUAUGGGGUAUUGUGUGUAGAUUGAUGAGAUUUGUUUUUAUUGAAUCAAUUUUAGAAUAAGGCUGUAACGUAACAAAAUGUAGAAAAGGGGAAAGGGUCUGAAUACUUUCCGAAGGCACUGUAUAACCACAUCGAGCUGUAGGACUAAGAGCGCAUCCUGUUUAGUAUUAAUACCGUAACUUAUUUAGGCCUAUAUUUCAAUACUUAAAUAGGCUACUGAAUCAAUAAUUCAUUCGUUCUUGUCAUCACACAGCAUUCGGCGAGUCAUUCAUGAUUUGAAAUUCAAUCAAGCAUUUUAGUUUUAUAAAAUAAAGCGACCCUUGAAUAAUUAGCGUAAACAAUAAAUAAGCCCUUCCAUUUCGGAAAUUGCAUUCACGAAUGAAUGCGACUGUUUAGUCUUUGCUGUAAUAAAGGCUUAGCAAAAAAAAGUUACAACCAGACUCUCUGGUACAACCUAAUUUAUUUUUUUGUAAUCUAACAACACCUGUUUGGAACACACAAUAUAUGCACGCAGCGCUUGCUCCUUAUCUUAUUUUUCUUGAUCUCCAGUAUUUUCCACAACUACUCAAAUUUAUUCCAGACAUCGGACUUCCCCUUUACCUCCUGAGCAACCAGUAAACAUUGCCCCGUUUCGAGUUUGUCACAUCCUCUGCAUCCAAUUUGCUGUUAUGGUGUUCGGAGUUUGUUAUAACCAAUUUAGUUAUGUGAUUAUGAUACAUUAUAGGUCAGGCCUUAUUGGUCACGUGCAUGUGAUGCAUACAUGUGUCACGUAAAGAGAGCAAGUGUUGAGGGAAUAGGGAAUGUUUUUUCCUAAACAAAUGAGGGAUUUCGGUAACAGAACUUUUCAGUCAAAUGGCUGUAAUUAUGUUGCAGCUUCAGCAACACGGACAGCGAGAGAUGUUCUGUGGUGGUCGCUGCAGCAGGGAGGAGAGAGAACGGGUGCUAGUCACAGUCACUCUGUGUCAUUCUUUUAACACAGCGCAGAAAGUCUGAGCCCUGCCCGGCACAAUCAAAUAAAUGUGUGUCAAUUUUUAUCAAACAGUGUGCUUAAAGCAUCAGACAAGCUCAGUGCAUAUACAGUGAGGGAAAAAAGUAUUUGAUCCCCUGCUGAUUUUGUACGUUUGCCCACUGACAAAGAAAUGAUCAGUCUAUCAUUUUAAUGGUAGGUUUAUUUGAACAGUGAGAGACAGAAUAACAACAAAAAAAUCCAGAAAGACGCAUGCCAAAAAUGUUAUAAAUUGAUUUGCAUUUUAAUGAAAAAAAUAAGUAUUUGACCCCCUCUCAAUCAGGAAGAUCUCUGGCUCCCAGGUGUCUUUUAAACAGGUAACGAGCUGAGAUUAGGAGCACACUCCUAAUCUCAGCUUGUUACCUGUAUAAAAGACACCUGUCCACAGACGCAAUCAAUCAAUCAGAUUCCAAACUCUCCACCAUGGCCAAGACCAAAGAGCUCUCCAAGGAUGUCAGUGACAAGAUUGUAGAUCUACACAAGGCUGGAAUGGGCUACAAGACCAUCGCCAAGCAGCUUGGUGAGAAGGUGACAACAGUUGGCGUGAUUAUUCGCAUAAUAAAUAAAUAAAUAAAUAAAGCACUGUCAAUCUCCCUCGGCCUGGGGCUCCAUGCAAGAUUUCACCUCGUGGAGUUGCAAUGAUCAUGAGAACGGUGAGGAAUCAGCCCAGAACUACACGGGAGGAUCUUGUUAAUGAUCUCAAGGCAGCUGGGACCAUAGUCACCAAGAAAACAAUUGGUAACACACUACGCCGGGAAGGACUGAAAUCCUGCAGCGCCCGCAAGGUCCCUCUGCUCAAGAAAGCACAUAUACAGGGCAGUCUGAAGUUUGCCAAUUAACAUCUGAAUGAUUCAGAGGAGAACUGGGUGAAAGUGUUGUGGUCAGAUGAGACCAAAAUCGAGCUCUUUGGCAUCAACUCAACUCGCCGUGUUUGGAGGAGGAGGAAUGCUGCCUAUGACCCCAAGAACACCAUCCCCACCGUCAAACAUGGAGGUGGAAGCAUUAUGCUUUGGGGGUGUUUUUCUGCUAAGGGGACAGGACAACUUCACCGCAUCAAAGGGACGAUGGACGGGGCCAUGUACCGUCAAAUCUUGGGUGAGAACCUCCUUCCCUCAGCCAGGGCAUUGAAAAUGGGUCGUGGAUGGGUGUUCCAGCAUGACAAUGACCCAAAACACACAGCCAAGGCAACAAAGGAGUGGCUCAAGAAGAAGCACAUUAAGGUCCUGGAGUGGCCUAGCCAGUCUCCAGACCUUAAUCCCAUAGAAAAUAUGUGGAGGGAGCUGAAGGUUGGAGUUGCCAAACGUCAGCCUCGAAACAUUAAUGACUUGGAGAAGAUCUGCAAAGAGGAGUGGAACAAAAUCCCUCCUGAGAUGUGUGCAAACCUGGUGGCCAACUACAAGAAACAUCUGACCUCUGAUUGCCAACAAGGGUUUUGCCACCAAGUACUAAGUCAUGUUUUGCAGAGGGGUCAAAUACUUAUUUCCCUCAUUUAAAAUGCAAAUCAAUUCAUAACAUUAUUGACAUGCGUUUUUCUGUAUCUUUUUGUUGUUAUUCUGUCUCUCACUGUUCAAAUAACCUACCAUUUAAAAUUAUAGACUGAUCAUGUCUUUGUCAGUGGGCAAACGUACAAAAUCAGCAGGGGAUCAAAUAGUUUUUCCCUCACUGUAGAUUAAAACACAUUGGAUGUGUCUAAAUAUGGAAAAAUACACGUUAAAUGUCAACCAAUUGAUUGGUCUAAAGAACAGACUACUCUUGGUCGACCAAGAUUUUUUUUUAUAUCUACAACAACUCCAUUCCUAUGAAACAACUGCCUACCUGUUGGUUGAUCAUUGUAGCCUACUUAAUUCUGUAAUUUUAAUUCCAUUUUGCAUUGAUUAGAAAUCUCCCACUUCACUUGCUACACAUGGAGCCUCUGACUGUUGCGCCGCUUUGAUUGACCGACAAUAACACAACAAGCUACACGUGUGAAAUGUGUUUAGGCUACCGGUGCAUCUUUUUUAUGGGGCGCACUCAAAAACUCACUAUUUUAUUAAAAUGUUGCAUGCAAUAGUCUAUCCUUGUAGGCUAUGUAACAUAGAUAAUUUUUGACAAAGCCUAAAAAUAAAAGGCAUUUUUCUCAAAUGAUUACUCUCCCAAGUAAUCGAAUACUAACGUCUGUUUGGAUAUUCGAACAUCCCUACUUUGAAGGAUGUUUCAUACACCAUGGAUGAGUUCUUAUUGUCUGUGUCUUUCCCCUCCAGAGGAGACCCUGUUGCAGUGUACGGAUCUAGCGUCCUGCAUCCGUCUACUGAAGCCUGAGCACCUCAACACUGGCCUGGAACUCAUCCGCCGCAUUCAGGAGCGUCUGGUGGCCAUUCUACAACACUCGACCCAGGUAGGGACAAGGGAGGGAUUUAUACACUGAAGAGCACAGCACAAAGUGUGGUGGUAAUACUUAUUGGGUGCAAUCAACGGCAAGUCAUGAGGGUUUCCUCCUAUCUGGUCUCUCCAAACACAGGACUUUCGAGUGGGAUACAACUCCCAAACGGGACAGGAACAGGAAUCUGCUCAAGCUUCAAAUCUCUCUAAGACCACAGAUGCCAACAAAGUGUGAGUACGGGAGAUUUGGGAAGUGGAUCUCCACAUUGGUUCCUGGAUCUAGUAGCAUAUUACUGUGAAAAUGUUCUUCCUGAUUUGCUGUGCUCACGUUGAGACCAGGUCUUCGCUCUCUGCAGGGCCGGGGGCUCUGAGUCUGGUGACUCUGACAACAACAAUGAGGGUGGAGAUGAGGCAGAGGAGGAUGAAUGGUAUGACGAUGAGUACGUUCCCGAAUGGCAUGAAGAUGACGAGGAUGACUUCUUCUCUGAUGACGACGAGUCCGAAAACCUAGAGGGGGAUUUCAGUCCUUUUGACUAAAUAUCUGAAAAUAUUUUUUAAAAGGAUCAAACAAAUGUCAGUCUCAGUCUGUGCACCAUAAAAAUAUUAGAAACAAACAGUACUUAAUAAUCAAACAAAAAUCCAUCAGAGAGUGAUGGUAACAGAGAAAAGCCAUGGUCUGGUUUGAAGUGAGGCUGGGUGUGAUUCUUCAUUUUUCCUGUCAGCCUCUUUGUGCUGAGCCUUAACAAUUUCAGUCCCAUGCCACAACUGCAAUUGUUGGAUGGGCACACUUACAUGUUCCACUUAUUAUUUAUCACAUAGGUUUGAAUUCCUAGAGCCUUUCAUUCUUUUUCACAUGACGCUGUUUUGAAGCCGAUGAGGGUUCAAUGACCAUCAGACAUAAUGAAGGAAAUGUAUUUCUUUUCUUUUUUUGGGGGGGGUG